AAAAUCCAGAUGCAGGGUUCCCUGAUUUGCAUCAGGACUAAUUAUUUAUUUAAGGACAGCUGUGCUUAAAAGUAUUUAAAAACAAACCAAAAAACCCAGCGACCCUAGGAAUGCAUUUUCUAGUUCAUAUUUGUUUACAGAAUAUUUAUUCCCAAGCUUGCUGAUUUGGUGUUCUAUAAGGUAAGAUACCAAUAUUUUAGAAGUUGUUUUUCUUAGCAAAAAAUUCAAAUGGGACUUGAAACAAAAUGACAUAAUAAUUAUUGUCAUAUUGUUAAAAUGACAUUGUAUUGUAUUUUUUGGGGGGGAGAAUGAAUUAAUUAGAUCAAAGUACUGGGUGAUGUUAAACAAUAUUCUGUAAGGAGAGUUUGGAACUGUGAAGCAUAUUGUUUAAAUGUUUCAUAUUAGUGAUGUAUUGUAAAUGCAUUUCUCUAAGAUAUUCUUGUAAGUUGCAUCUAAGGCUAGAGGUGCUUUUUUACUGGGAUAAACUCAGUGGAAUUAACUUCUGCGUUGAUAUGUAUAGGAUUGCAUUGUAAGGCUGCAGUCUAAUGCACAAUUACCUGAGAUUAAGUUCUACUGAGCUCAGCUGGAUUUACUUCUGAGUAGACAUACAUAGGAUUUGGCUGUAAGUCACAGUAUAAGUGUGUUCAAUCAAGCUGCUCAUCUAUCUUGCAAAUCUAACCAAAUAUGCAUAUGCCAAACAACAUCCCGUGGACUAUGUUAAAAUCAAUGCCUAUGAAUUAUUAUGGACACGCCUGUGUGUUAAAAUGAAAUUUUGAGGCACGCUCACUUCAGGCACCCAAAUGAGCAGCAUUGUAAUAAAGGGGUGAGGGGGGCUCAAAAGGUUUUCUACACAGAAUGGAAAGUUUGAAUUUUGCACAUAUCUCAGAAUAUAAACUGCGGCAUGAUCUCAUGCAUGCCUACUCAGAAGUAGGCCCCAUUCACUUCAAUGAGACUUGCUUCCAGGGAAGUGUGCGCAUAGGAUGACAGUGCUAAUUCCUGCUAUUUAAAGUGAUUUCUCUGCAUCAAUUAUUUCCAGUGUUUAUAUUAGAGUAUUAGACCACGGGGCAGCUUGUAGGAGAAUGCCAAGUACAGUAUACCUGAGAAUAUUUCAAAAAAGUGAAAAGGUUGAUACGGCUUUGGACAACAGGAACAUAGGAAGCUGAUGUAAACCAAGUCAGACCAAUGGCCUAUCUAGUUCAGUAUUGGUUACUCUGACUGGCAGCCGCUCUCUGGGGCUUCACUCAGGGAUAUCUCUCAGCCCUACCAGGAGAUGCCAUGGGAUUGAACCUGGGACCUUCUGCAUGCAAAGCAGAUGCUCUGUCCCUGAGCUAUGGCCCUUUCCCCAAGGGAAACGUUUAUCAUGCUUUCUGGAAAAUAUGUGUAUCUAAUUCAUGAUCUGGAAGGGCAAAGCUGUCUGUCUGUCUGUCUGGAACGGGGUAGUCAACCUUUUUAUACCUAGCGCCCACUAAUGCAUCUUUCUUGAUGGUACAAUUUCCUUACCGCCCACCAGCGUUCAAUGGAAGGAGGAUUCAGCUUGUGCUGUAGAACCCCCUACUGCCCACCUAGAAUCCAGAAAUGCCCACUAGUGGGUGGUAGGAACCAGGUUGACAACCCCUGGCUUAGAACAUUUCCCCACAAUUUCCUACCAUAUACAGUCGUACCUCGGCUCCCGAGUUUUCCAGUUUUCAGACGUUCUUUCGGAAGCCGAACGUCCGAUGGGGCUUCUGCAGUAGCAGAGGAAGCCUCUGGGGCACCUGGGGCGGUGUGCCCAGGGGCGGGGCAAACCGCCCAUAGGGGCCCAUAGGGGCUAGGGAUGGGGAGCGCCACGCGGUGCCCCGAUGGCACCCAGGGUGCACUGCACCUGCUGCGCCCACCUAGCUAUGCCUCUGGGCUUCUGCGGCUUCCGACUGACUACAGGAGCUUCCUGCAGCUAAUCAGAAGCCACGCUUUGGAAGUCGGACAUUUCGGAAGUUGAACAGACUUCCAGAACAGACUCUAUUCAACUUCUGAGGUAUGACUGUAUACGCGAGGCAACUUGCAGUAUAAGAGCUUAAAACAAAUCAUUUUAAAGCCAAUAGUAAAAAUAAAAUUAAGGAAACAAAAACAAAAAGCAAAAAAGGCAGAACAAUGGAAGGAACAUUGCUUGAAAAGAUAAUGAUCAUAACUUAAGCAUAAUUUUAUUUUAAUUUUUAAGCCUGGGAAAUUGGCAGCACGGGGGGGGGGGGGUUUCUCCCAAACAAGGAGCUUUCUCUCCUUGCCCCUCAUUUCUGAAUUCAUUGAAUAAUAAUAUUGUAAAGUUGGAAGUGACCCCAAGGGUCAUCUAGUCCAACCCCCUGCAAUGCAGGAAUCACAGCUUAAGAAUCCCUGACAGAUGGCCAUUCCAUCUCUGCCACUAACAUAUGCUGCUGUUUUCUUUCUUUCUUGCCCACCCAGAAAUAUACUACGCCCCUUCUGUUCUUCCCCCAAUAUUUUUUAUCGGGUGCUGGCUCUGGUCUGUGGUAAGGUUGCAUUAUAUUCAUUGAGCAAAUGUGUGUUAAGUAGUUACAGAUUUAUUAUUAAUAUGCACGAGACAUUAACAGCUCUUUUUGUUUUUAUUAGCAGGAGCAGUAAGUGACCCUUUGAUUUUUGAAUCCCUGUCACUAUGUGGAAAAAACAUUCUGUCUUUUGCCUUUUGGUUUUGGCUGUUGCUACAAACUGUGUAGUGUAUGGACAAAACAGAAGAAGGGGACAGAAGCCAAGUUCACUAACAGGAAAAGCGAACCUUCAGGGUAAAGUCAUUUUCUUAGAAUUUACUAUAGGCUGCAUGAAAUGUUUCCAAGCGCAAUGGAAUAAUCUCCAAGGGAAAGUGGCAAAUUAUUAAUAUAUGGGGAUUUUGAAUCAUUUUGGUAACAAGUCCUGAGUUCUAUGGGAACAACAUGUUUUCCAUUAAGACCAGACUACAAGGCACAUAAUUAUUCUCUUCUAAAAGGCACGUUCCCUUUCACAUAAAGAAACUCUACAGACUUUUUUUCAGGUGGAAUGUGCUACUGGAAAACGCAUAUCGCACACCCACAAUUUCAGAAUAGAUUGGAAUAUGUAUUUCCUUAUUGAAUAAACAAAAUAUCUUGUUGCAAGGAAACCUCUAAGCAGUUUACAAUAAUGGAAAAUGAAACAUUAGCACUAUAAAAAAUUUUAUUUAAAAAAUCCCAGUUGAAACCAGGUAUUUAAAAACUUUCAAGAGACGAUUCUAGCCAACAGUAGCUAAAAAGAGAUAAAGCACAUGUGACUUCUACAUGUUUGGAUUGGCUUGCUGAAACAAAAAUGUUUUAAGCAGAUGCUGAAAAGAGUAUGAUGAAACCAUCUGUCUGGUGUCAAUUGGCAGGGAGUUCCAAAGUAUAACUGCUGCUACACUAAAAGCUUGAUUUCUUACAACUGCACAGCUAGUAUUAUGUGGCACCUACAAUAGUGUCAGUUCUGCGGAUCAAAGUGGUCUAGAAGCAUAUAUGGGAUCAGGUGAUCCCAAGCUAUUAAGGGCUAUAUAUUCUAGUUGUGACACCUUGAACUUGGCCCAAUAGCAAAUGGGCAAACAGUACAGAUCUCUGAGCAGGGGUGUUAUAUGCUGAAAGGCUCUCACUCCUGACAGUAAUUAUGCUGCAGCAUUCUGUACUAACUGCAGCUUCUAGAUCAAGCACAAGAGAAGCUCCAUAUAGAGUGCAUUGCAGGUAUCCAAUUUUGCAGUCACCAAUGCACAAACUCCUGGCUUCCCAGGACAGCCCUAGAUUCAAACUGCAUGCCUGCUCCUUCAGGGCAGUGCAGCCCCAUCCAGCUCAGGCAAUUGACUCAUUUCUAGUUGUUGUUGUUUUCAUUUUCCCUACAAUACACACAUAACAGGCAAACUUCUAAGGGUUUUCUUUAAUACAGAGCAGAAGAAGCCAUUGUCAUGUAAAUAGAUACAGUGCACAAAAGGUUGCCUUCAACAAUAUGCAGGCUGUCCUGAUUCUAUGAAGUGUACGUCAUAUUAAAGCAGAUGUGAGAAACCAAUAGCCCUCCAGAUGUUGUUGGACUCCAGCUCCCAACAGCUCCAGCUGUUGGUCCAGCCAAUGGUCAGGGGUGAUGGAAGUCGUAGUCCGACAGCAUUCAGACGUCUUGCAACAAAAAAAAUCCCCUGUGUUGCAAAACAGAACGGUCUGAUAAACAUAAAGCAACACAUAGGCUAAUAGUAUACUAACGAUAUUUAUAUAACACAGUUGAACUGUUUCUUAAUUCACAAUCAGAAAACAUACAGUAUGUACAUGGAGUCACGAACUAAUAAGAGAACAUUCAGACAUCAGCAGGUUUCCCAUGCCUAUAGUAAAGGACUGCAGCCCUAUGUUAAAUCAACACUUCCAUUCCCUACUUCAGCAAUACUAUUAUGGUGGAGGACCUUAAGGUCCACAAAUGACAACAUUUUGGAGGUCCCAAGUCACAAGGUGGUUAGGUUGGUCUCAACUAGGGCCAGGGCCUUUUCAGUACUGGCCCCAACUUGGUGGAACGCUCUGUCCCAAGAGACUAGGGCCCUGCGGGACUUGACAUCUUUCCGUAGGGCCUGCAAGACAGAGCUGUUCCACCUGGCCUUUGGUUUGGACUCAGUCUGACCCUUAUGUUUCCCUCCCCUUAUGGUUUUGAUCUAUGGGCUACUUUUAAAAUGAGGCUGCAUUUUAAAUUGCAUUUUAACCUGUAUUUUAAAUUGUGUUUUUUCCUAUUAUGUUUUUACUGUAAUUUUACUGGUGUUAGCCGCCCUGAGCCCGGCUCUGGCCAGGGAGGGCAGGGUAUAAAUAAAUUUUAUUAUUACUGUUAUAUUAUUGUUAUCAUGUGAAUUGAGAACAUAAGAACUGCCCAUCUAGUCCACUGUCCUGUUCUCACAGUAGCCAGCCAAAUACCUUUGGAAACUCACAAACAGAACCACCACUGACUCCUGUUGUUCCACCAUCUAAUGAGAAGAACCUAGAAUUGGAUUGGAAUUCCCCUCACCUCUUCCCUUUCUAUUUGAAACCACCCCAUGUUGUUGUCUUCUCCCACUGCGGCUUUGUUCCCCGUUUUUGAAUGAUCUCUGUCCCAUCUUGCCCUCUGCAGCUUCCGUCUGCUUCAUCGAUAUCAUCUUCGUCCUGGACAGUUCCGAAAGCGCAAAAGAUGUCCUGUUUGAUAAGCAGAAGGAGUUUGUCACCACCUUAAGCGACAAGGUUUUCCUCAUGAAGCCCACCAGAGUCCGUAGGUACGACUUCAGACUGGCAAUCAUGCAGUUCAGCAGUUCGGUCAAAAUCGACCAUCCUUUUACCGAAUGGAAAAACUUGCAGACCUUUAAGCAGGAAGUCGUCGGGAUGACCUUUAUCGGGCACGGCACGUAUUCCUAUUAUGCUAUUUCCAACGCUACCCAGUUGUUCAAAACAGAAGGCCGCAAAAUAGGUGUCAAAGUGGCUUUGUUGAUGACGGAUGGGAUCGACCAUCCAAAGUCUCCUGAUGUGCAGGGCAUAUCUGAAGCAGCCCGGGCCCUUGGAAUAUCGUUCAUCACCAUUGGCCUUUCUAAAGUUGCCAAUCAAGCCAAACUGCGUUCGAUAUCUGGCGAUUCGCCCGGGAAGCCUGUGCUCAUCCUCAACGAUCCCAACCUGUCAGACAAAAUACGGGACCAACUGGUAAGUAACAUUUUUUUAAGGGUUCUUCUUUCUUCUUCUAGUAAUAGUUUCGUAGACUCGUAGAGUUGGAAGGGACCACAAGCCUCACCUAGUCCAAACCCCUGCAAUACAGGAAUCUUUUUGCCCAACAGGGGGAUUGAACCCACAGCCCUGAAAUUAAGAGUCUCACUACCAACUGAGCUAUCCCACAGCAAUAGUAGCCACCAAUGACAGGGCCCUUUCAGUAGUGGCAUCCCAGUUAUGGAACAGCCUUUUAAAAAAACUGAUGUGCCCUCUCAGUUUUUAAAUCUGAGGGGGUUUUCUUUAACUUUGAGGGUGCAAUGAUUUCAUUUUUUGCUUAUUUUGAUUGUAUGGUUUCAUGCCUAAUAAUAAUAGUAAUAAUAUUUAUUUUGUACUCCACCCAUCUGACUGGUUUGCCCCAGCCACUCUGGGUGGCUUCUUCAUAUCAAAAUUGUUUUUCUUACUCAUUGAUUGUAAGAGAAGUUAAUGUUAUGAAGUGGCAUACAAUGGCUGCAAAUAAAUGAAUAAUUAAGAAAUAAGGACUUGUAAAGAACCAAUUUUUUUAGCAUGGCAGCAUCAACACUUUGGAACUCCCUGCGUGUUGACAUGUGGCUAGCGCUUUCACUGUACUCUUUUCAGCACCUGCUUAAAACAUUGUUGUUUAGGCAAGCCUAUCCAAACAUGCUGAAGUUUCAUGCAGCUACCGUUGAUUUAAAAUAAUCUUUUGGAUAGAGUCGGUGGAAGAAGAUUGGAAGAAAUUUAAAGACUACAGAAAAAUUGUAAAAUUAAUGAACGUUAGAAUGAUGUCAGAAUGAAAUUAAGUGGUUCUAGCAGCAAUGUCAUAAAGGUGUAUGAAAAAAUGGCUGGUUAAUAGGUGAGAAUGUAAAGCUAUAAUAUAUUAAGUUAAAGGACUAAGACAAAAACAAAGAGGGAAAGGAAUUGCUGAAUUAACCAAUUGAAUCGGAAUACAAAAAAGGGAGGUGAGAGGAGGUCAGGAAAGCAAGGAAAUGAAAUGUAAGAUACGAAAGGAUAAAUUUGUUUCUAAGUGUUCUUUCUAUAUAUUUUUUUAUAUAUUUUGCAUUUUGUAUGUUUUUUCUCUUUUUUUUCUUCUAUAUUUUUCAUUGUCCUUUAUGUAAUUUUUUGCUUUUGAAAUCUCAAUAAAUAUCAUUUAAAAAAUAAUAAUAAUAAUCUUUUGGAUAUUUUAAAAUGCUUGUUUUAACUGUUUUUUAAUUGCUAAUUUCAAUAUUUUUUUCUAAAUAGCUUAGAGGGUUUAAACACCUACCCCCACCCCCACCCUCACCCCAUCAAGUGGUAUAUAAAUUUUGUUACAUAAAAAUCAAACGGUCAAUCCAUCAAUAUGGUGACCGCCUAAGAGGCGACAAAGAAUGACUUUAGCCAUGUAAGUUCUCCAUUCCUGCUCAGCUCCUGUGACAUGCAAUGACUUGAAACAGUAGCAUACCAGCCUUUUGCCCAUUCAGAUCACACACCACUCUUAAAGUGCUAACUUUAACGUAUGAAUGGGGCAGCACAUGUUAUUGGGAACAUUCACGUGGGAAAAGAGGGCUUAUGUUGGUCAGGUCUUAUUUAUUCAUUUAUUUAGAACAUUUGUACCCCAUUCUUCAGCCAAAAAUGCUCCCAGAGCAGCUUACAUGCAAUCAAAACAUGGCAGACCCUACCCACAGGCUUACAAUCUUAAAAAUGGAAAUGACACACAAGGGAAAGGGAACAGGGAGGGAAUAGGAAAACUCAAAUCCCAGCUCUGGCACCAAUUUCUAAACAGCCGUUUCCAUAAUGACCAGCUGGCACAGAUCAGGGGCAGGAGGUGCCUGAUGGCGAUGAGACGAGCCCUGCUCCCUAACUCUUCCCCUGACUGAUGGAACAUCUGCCCCUGGGUUGACCGUUAGGGGAGAGGAAGCCUGAUGGAGCUGGCCUGUCACAGCAGAGUGGAUGCACUUGAGUUCUGCUUCCCAGCUCUCCCACAGCUGGAAUGGCUGCCUGCAGGUGAUGGUUGCAGGCAGAGGCGGCCUGAUGGAGCUGGUCUGUCAUAGCAGAACCUAUGGAGAUCUUUCCCCAUGGCCAGCAGUGGCCUGUGGCUCAGGUGACUGAAGCCUUGUGGCUGGAAACAGAAGGAGGGAAGAAUGCUCUUGUGGUCAGGUCAUGUUUGUGGGCUUCCCAUAGGCAACUGGUUGGCCAGUGUGAGGAGGUUGGGUUAGAUAGGCCAUUGGUAUGUGAUCCAGUAGACUCUCAUUAUGUUCUUAUCUGGAGAUGCUGGGGAUUGAACCCAGAACUCUUUACAAGCAAGGCAAAUGCACUACUACUGAGCUAUGCCCCUUAAUUAUACCAUGGCAUAAUGAGAAAGAUUAGCAGUUUACUGUCAAAUAGAAAUGCAGAAGAACAACAGGAUGCGUUAAGGUCAGACGGCAAGAAAUAUUAGACAUUGUAGAAGACCGAAGCUCUCAAGGGAGAACUGGAUGCGGAAGUUGUGAAUACAUCCAUGACAAAUAAGGAAAUGAGCCUCUAGUGGCUCAUUAGAAGAAAACAUAUUAUGGAAAGGAAUAAGUGAGGAGGAUGGGAUUUGUUCUGAUCUUCUAAUAGUCAGCUGGGUUUGAGCCAUGCUGUUCCAUUGUACAUAUUCAUACUCACCACAAAGUUUGGGUAAACAGAGCUAAUGACUCUAUCAUAUCACGUUUACUUCGGUAUUUCCAGAAGUGUUUUUCCUGCUGCACCUUGACUUUUUAUGAUAUUGUUUUAGUAAUGCUUAUUCUUCCAAUAUGUAAGCAACUUUGUGAGAUUCACUUGAAAAGCGAUUCAUAAAUGCCUGAAAUAAACAUUGUUGUUAACCAGACAAAUCUAAAUUGAAAUGGCAUGGCAUGCUAAUAUAUAUAUAUUUAAUUGUUUUAUCUUCCAGGCAACUCUAUUUGAUGAGCGGGUAAGUUGAUCAGCAUUUGAGUAUUCAGUGGCAUGUCCACCAUCCCUUCCAUUUCCAGUGUUCAAGCUGUGAGUGCCAUUGUCUUUGUAGUCAAAACAGCACCAUUUGCACAUGCACAACUGUGAGGUAUCAACAGGCGUGAGGGAGAAGGUUUGCUGAAGUACAAAAAAAAAAAAAAACUUUAAGGGGGAAGCUUUAGAAUGGAGGAAUAAGGGGACACACAUAAAAACAGACCAAUGACUUGAACAUGUUCUGUGACAAUGACAUGUUAGAUUAUUGUGGGGGGUGAAGAAAACUAGGUGGGAAGAGGAAUGAAAUGGAGAGUCUGGACUCCUGAUCAGCAGCACUGCACACUGCAACAUUUUGUUGCAGGUCCCACUUUUCAUGGGGAAAUAUGUGCUGAUUGUCAGAUAACAUUUCCCUGCAAAAAGAUAACAUUCUCAUAAGAAAAAGGGAUGCACAUGUGCACAAUCAUGUGAUUUCUCCAUGAUCCAGCUGGCCCUACCCCCCAAAUACACGCCAUCGCUACCAUCAUCAUUAGCUUGCGCUCUUUCCAACCAACACAACCCAAUAGUGCCAUUCCACUGCAAGGCACAUGUGUUGUUAGAAAUUAGCCAGGUGCCAGGCGCGUUUUGCUACUGGUUUGGUUCCGGUUGCAACUACGUGGAGAUUUCUGGGCACAAGGUUGGCAGCCACAGUUUAAAAACCUCUGCCUUUGUCCAUCAUUUAUACCAUUUCCAUUUCCACUUUGUGUGUUUCUUCUCCUUGCAUACUGGGACAAGUGAAUUGUUGUAAGAGCAAGCUGCAGUCAAGCAAUGUAGUUGAGAUCAUAGAAUCAUAGAACUGUAGUAUUGGAAAGGACCCUGAGUAUCAUUCACAGAUCAGCAUAAACAUGGAAUUCCUCCUCCCUCCCCCCCAUGUUAUCUUUUGCUGUGUAUACACCAUAUAUUUAAAGCACAUUCGACACACACCACAUAGAAUCCCAGGACCUGUAGUUUUUACCUCUCACAGAGCAACAGUUCCCAGCACCCUUAACAAAAUAAGCUUUACGUAGAAUUUACUGAAAGGAAGGGACCUAACUUAGGCAUGUUAAUUAACUUCAAUGGGUCUGCUGUGAGUAAAAUAUAGUCUGCAUCCACACCAUACAUUUAAAGUGCUAUGAUACCACUUUAAAUAGUCAUGGCUUCCCCUAAAGAAUUCUGGGAGUUGUAGUUUGGUCAGGGUGCUGAGAGUUGUUAGGGAGUAUCUAUUCCCCUCCCGGAGCUACCAUUCCGAGAGUUCGCUGUGAAGAGGGAUUGAUUGACCCACAUUUCCCAGGAUUCCUUGUGGGUGGAGGGAGAGGAAAAUGUUCUUUAAAUGUAUGGUGUGUAUGCAGCUUUUAUCUCUUUAAGAGGAAUAGAUCAAACAGAAACAGCAUGGAAGUGUUUUUUUUCUCUGAGAGGCCCAAGCAGCUGUGCAAGGACUAAAGGCCAGGAGCAUUCCUCCUUUUCAAGGUGGCUGCCUGGGCCUGUGGGACCAGAGGAGCGGAUGCAGGGGUGGGAAUCGGAGUGACUUGUUCUCAGAAGCAAGAAGCCAACAGAGGCAUGAAAGGGAAGUUGCAAGGGAAGGGAACAGAAAAGAUUUCAUUCCAUUGGGUAAUCAAGGCCACUUUGGAUGCGACAAAACUUCCCACAGGGGAAGCACUUCUGUGUAACCAGGCAAGAUGCAGGAUGAUAAAAGAACAUGUGCGUUUUGCCUGCGCGUGAGUUUUGCAUGUUGAGAGCUGAGCUAGAUGUCAUGGAUCCAGGUGAUCUACCAAUUUCCUAUCAAGUGGGAGAAGGGGUGUGGAUUGCUCUCUAAGGUGGGCAGUAGUGUGGUAUGCGUGUUAAAUUCUUCUCAGCCAGUUUUCUCCCAGUGGGUUUUUGAUAGUCAUCUGAAAAUAGGGGGGGGGGAGUAUUUUGAGAGAAGAUCACAUCAAAUAAAUGUCUCCUGUCUAGCCCUCCUGGGCUUUAACUUGCCCCCAGACAUCGAUGGAAAUCUGCACUACCUACAAUGUGGCACAUGGGUUGUGUUGCCAUGACAUCUAGUCAGUCUCUGAGAAAUUGUAACUGCAUUUAACUGCCUAGUGCAUGGACACUGUGAUACCCGUAGCUAUACCCAUACCCAUACCCAACACACUUUUGUGGCCCUCAUGUAGCCAGUCUUUGUGGGCGAUUGCCACUUAACUUGUGUGCGUUCCCAUAAGGAACAGGGUUCAGCUUCAAUGCUACCCUUGGCUUCAGAGGCACUCAGAAGAAGCAAGACUUUUCACUGUUUCCAAGUGGCUCUGAAGCCAAGAGUGAGGACAAGUUGGAGGUCACACUCUCCAUCUUAAGUUCCAGGCUAAGGAGAAGGGCAGGCACUUUCUGGAUGGCCUUGUGCUGAGCCUGACUUUGUGCAGGCACCAGAGCUCUACAUAAUAUAAUAGACAAGACACUUCUCUUCUCCUGGGGUCCAGUAAGAACUUCUUUCUGAUUAUGGGAGCCUCCAAAGUUCAGCAUUACAUUGGAGAGGAGACUUAACUCCAGUUCUCCAUUUCUGGUGGAUAGGAUCAGGUUUUCACCAGACUAAUGAACCACUAGUAUCCUGGGACAAUUUGGGACAAUUACGUUUAUAGUUGGAAAGGUGAAAUUCUAACAUUGCUGUUUCUGUUGAACUUGUAGUGUGAGCAAAAGAGCUGUGAAUGCGAGAAGGGAGACCGAGGACCUCCAGGACCACCUGUGAGUAUAUAUGAUGGACAGUAGGAACCUUCAGAUUUCCUGCUUAUAGUUUAUAAGAGCAAACUAUCACACAUAAAAGCUUAAAGGAGAAUAUAAUAUGUUUAAGUGUGGCUGAAGGAAAAGGAGGAGGAAUUGUUCACUCAAGAAGAAAGUAUUAUUGGUAAAACCUAUUUGGUGUUUCACAACUUUCUGACUAGUUGCAGGACCUUAGCCAGACCUAGCAGAGUACACGCAGAAUCCAUGGAAGCAAUUGGCAACUUGGCUGCAGACAGGAUAGACGAAGCAGGAACCAGGAACUUGUAGUUAGGUGUUUAUUAUAUACAGUGGACUAUUUACAGGAACAGAACACGGAUCUUAUGCGAGCUCUCUCUGUCACGACUCACAACUCCUACACUGACACAGAACUCUGAACGCGAACCCUCAACUCCCAGUUAGUAGGCCAUUAAUUAUCACUCCCUUGAGAGAGCUUGACCAAUCAGGGAGCAGUCUCCAUGUCUCUGUUAUCACCAGGCAGACUUACUCCUUCAGAUUGCCUUCUGGCUGUCUGCCAAACCUUAAUUGACUCUGUGUGAGUAGCUUCACGUACACAGUUUCCCAACAAGUUUAAAAAGCACCAGGUUUAGUUAGGCUGACCAUGUGUUCUGCUUUACAAGGUACAGUCCUCUAUUUUAAGGAGUUCUCUGUUUGACAGACUGUCCAGUCCAAAUGUGGUUUAAAGAUAAAUAACUGUGGGAAGGGAGAGAAAGCAGGGAACUUGUAGUUAUCCAUCAACAUUUAGGACCUGGACAGCUGUCUGAGCAUGGACACAGGUCACCUGGUCACACUCUUCCCCACUUUGGAGCCAUGCAUAGCAUUUCAGUACCAGUAAUGAUUUCUAAAAUUGCAUCUGUUCACAGAAAUUGGGAUGUGCAAACUUUAUGCAACUCUAUGUCCUCUCAAAACAAAGAGUGCAUAUACUCUAUUAAUGAUAUUUCUCUCUCCUUGUCCCCUCAAGGGUGGUCAUGGUGGCAGAGGAGAUAAAGGUGAUCGAGGAACCAAAGGAGAAAAGGUAAAUCUGCCCUUGUUCUCUUACAAUGGCAAUGGGGCCUGCCUGAGAGGUGCAAGAACUGAGUUCCAGCAAGUUCCAGUUGAAAAAAAAUUGCCCUGGUCUUGACUGUUAUAUUUUUUAAUAAGACUAUGGUCAAAGUUGGGUGUAAGUGUAGUAUAAAAGGAAAUAAUAUUUCCAAAUAUUUUCACUGGUUUCUAACUUUUUUCCCAGGGUGAGGCUGAGAAAGGAGAGCCUGGAGAAAAAGGUGCAGAGGUAAGUGAAUUAUUGCUAUUUCCAAUAAUUCAGUGUGAAGUGUGUUUCUGCUUUCUCACAAGCCCUGCUCUUUAAUCUGUCUCCUCUCUGACUGUCCUCUGUUUCUUUUGAUACGCUCUUUUGCACAGUGGGACUUUGCAAGCAGAGCCAUCAUCGUAGCUCCUUUUGCGGCCUUUAACUUAUCAUCUCAGACGUCACAGCAGCCUAUGCAAGACUUAGCUGCUCUGCCCAAAGCUAAGAAAGAUCAAGGUGGAGUUGUGUCUAACCAUAGCUGGUAGGACAGAAGGCAGGGAGCCCAACAGUGGGUUGGAGACAGAGCUAAUGGUGGGAAGAGCCAACUAAUGACAGUUUUGUCUUCCUCACUGCUGAGUUCUAUAAGGGCAAUGAUGAGACUAAGGAGGAGGAGGAAGCUGAUAGGCAGUUCUUCCCCCUGGGCUGGUACUACUUAAGAAGACAGGCAGAUGGGGCUAGCCAAAGGCAGACUGAGAUUGGUGGGGCAGUGUUUCAUUUGCCCAGAUGAACCAGCCUCACUGGUUAGAGUGCUGGACCAUGACUGGAGAGACUUAGAUUCAAACCCCCACUCAGCCAUGAAAUUCACUGGGUAAUCUUUGGCCAUUCUCUCUAUCUACCUUACCUACUUCGUGGCAUUGGGAGAACCGUGUCAACUGCCUUGACCUGCUUGGAAGAACAGUAGGUAGUAAAUGUAAUGGCGAGGAUAUUAAUCAUAGUAUAUAGCGAGGUCUACAGUCACAGUGUAAAUCAAGUUGCCAGUGGUACUGAAACAAUGGGUCUUCAUAUGGCUUUAGUAGAAAUGUUAUAAGGAAAUAAGUAUAAAUAGAUUAAAUAGAGUAUUAAAGGGAAAAAUAAGGUUAGAAUGUGUUAAGAUAAUUAUAGGAUAGAAAACAGAGGAAGAUGGAAAGGAAUUGCUGAAACAUUUAACAGAAGUGGAAUACAAAAAGGGAGGUGUGAGGAGGUCAUGGAAAUAAGUGAAUGAAAGAUAAGAUAAUUGAAAUUGUUUGAUUUACUUUAAACUGUUUUUGUUUUGUUAGUUUAAUGUGUCUAAUGUGUCAAUGUUAUGUAGUGUUUUUGUAUUGUAUUGUAUUGUUUUUGUAGUGUUUAAAUCGUUGGAAAAGCAAUAAAUAUUAAUUUUUUUAAAAAAGAAGAAACAAUGGGUCUUCAAACGACGCCUCCAAGAGUUGAUGGAUUUUGAAAUCUUUGGAAGAAUACUUAUAUAUGUGAUGUAUAAUCAUUGCCUCACUAUCCUAUAGAAAUAGCAGCCCGUCUUGCAUGUGGAAACGCUAAUGCUAACACUUCCUUUCUCUCUGCAUUUUAAUGAAGGGAGCCAAUUUGUUAAUUCUUUGCACAUGAAUACUGCCUUCCUCCAAUUAAAUGAAUGGAGGGAACUCUGUGGGAAGAUCAGAAGCAUCUUAUUCUCUCUCUCUCUCUCACUCACACACACACACACACACACACACACACACAUUCUUCAAAUGAUGACAUUUCAUUCUUUCUCCAACCAGGUUAUUACUCUGCUCUCCAUGCUGAUUAAAUAGCAUAUCUAUUUAUCAUAUUCUUGAUAUUGUAUUAGUCAUGUUAAAAUAACUUUAUUUUGUUCUUUUAAUAGGGAGGUGCUGGUUAUAAGGGAGACAAGGUGAGAUGAUGCACAAAUGCUUACUUAUAUUGCCAUGUUAAGCAGUUUAUAAUUAGAUGUCUACAAAGACAAUGCAUUAAAAAUAUAGGGGAUGAGUUGUAAAAGAAUAAUAUUAAUAGAACCAGAUGAAAGAAGGAAGAGAUAUGAAUACAGUCCAUAAAGUUUCACAAGCUAGAGUCUUUUGCACUGUAAGCUUCUUCAUAGUAGUAGUAGUAUUGUGUUCUUUAGGAUCCUGCUCUGGACUGAAAGAGGCUGGUAAGGACUAGUAGGAUAGAAGGCUUAGAGGACACACCAGUCAGGAAACUUGAGAACAACUUAAUUCUCUCUCUCUAACAAGAACAGAACAGUAGCAGGAAACCCCUGACUCCAGCCAUAUACGACUAAAUUCAGUGCCACUUAGCAACUAAGCUGCAGAAUGACCCUAUCAGCACAGGGCAGGCAGAUUAAAAUUUUGAUAAUUUAGAUCAGGGACAGCAAACCUCUGGUCUUCCAGGCAUUGCUGAACUACAACUCCAGUCAGCCCCAGCCAGCAUAGUCAGUGGUCUGGGGUGAUGGGACUUGUAGUCUAGAAGCAUUGCAAGGGCCACAGGUUCCCAACCCUGAUCUAGAUUGUCAGAAUAACCAGAGAAUGUGACACUUCCACUUCCUCUACAAAAACAAAUAAUUUGUACGAAGCAUCACCAUGAAAUCAUGCCAAUAAUAUAUACUUUUUGCAGGGUGAGAGAGGGGAAUGCGGAACACCAGGACUAAAGGGAGACAGAGUAAGUAUCAUAAACAACUUGCCAUAUGCAUACAUACAAGCUGCGUCAAAAUUCUGUUCAGAACAUUGUGUGAAAAUGCAAAUAGUGUUUUUCUUAAAAAUGGCAAAAGGCAAUUAUAACUGUUCUCGUUGAACCUACCGGUGUUGGUGGAAGGUUAGUUAAUUGUUAGCUUGAAAGCGUUUCAUCAAGAGAAAUGGAUCCAAUCAGUCAAAGUGGACCAGUUUAUUUCUCUGGGAACACCGUGGCAAUAGUCACACUGUUUCAGACCUCUAUGGGUUGCUUUGAGAUUCUGCUGCCUGAACAGGCUUUCCUUGGCCUGAUUGAGAAUUUCCAUACCACUCUAGAUUUGAAGUGGCCUAUAAAAUAAAGGUACUUAGCAAACAUACAUAAAUAGAAGAGUGUCAUGUUCUGGCCCCAUGGAGGAGCCCAAAGGGCACAAGGAAGCAAAGCUGGUUGGUUCUUGCAGCACCACAGAGAACUCCUGGAGAGCAACUUGCUCCAACUCAGACAGAAAGUGAACUGGGGCCUUUUUAGUCACUGUUUCCAGUCCACCUUUCUUAAACUCCUAUACCUUAAGGACCACUUUGCUCUAUAUGCUCCAAGUGGAUCACUAAACCACUUGAGGGAAGCACCAUUAGUGGUCUCCCAUGGACUCAAGUCAACAAGUAGUUUAACAACCUGUCCCAGGGAAUGGUAGCUUUGUGAAGGGAAUAGGGGCCUCCUAACAACUCUCAGCAUCCUUAACAAACUACAGAUUUCAUGAUGCUUUGGAGGAAGCCAUGACUGUUGAAGUGGUAUCACAGUGCUUUAAAUAUAUAGUGCAGUCAGGUCUGUUAUUUUCCGUGAGUGUCCUCUGAGUAAAAAAUAAUUGAAUACCACCCUCUGUUUUAAAUUUUGUAGGCUUUUUUGUUGUUGUAAGAAACAUGAGGUAUAUAAAAAUUUUAAAUAGAUCAUCUGCCCCCUUUUGGAAAACUAGGGCUAACAUGCUGAAGACAAGACCUCCUUCUUGGAGUGCUCCCACCUACACCACUGAAGUUGUGAGGAAUGCGCUCAGUUUCUCGGGUCCAGGAGAAGGAACCUGUGAUGGUCCUGGUGUCAUGGGGUUUGUUUGAUCGGGCCUGUAGCCUCUGGUUCAGUGCUUCACCAGUCACUAGCAUCAGGCCUGGAGCCAGGAACCUGGUCCAGCUCCUAGGCUGGUGACACUGUAACCUCCAACCUAAUAUCCAAGACACUACUUCACUUAUGGGGUGCGGGUGGCGCUGUGGGUUAAACCACAGAGUCUAGGACUUGCCAAUCAGAAGGUUGGUGGUUCGAAUCCCUGCGACGGGGUGAGCUCCUGUUGCUCGGUCCCUGCUCCUGCCAACCUAGCAGUUUGAAAGCACGUCAAAGUGCAAUUAGAUAAAUAGGUACCACUCUGGCGGGAAGAUAAAGGGCGUUUCUGUGCGCUGCUCUGGUUCGCCAGAAGCGGCUUAGUCAUGCUGGCCACAUGACCUGGAAGCUGUACGCCGGCUCCCUCAGCCAAUAAAGCGAGAUGAGCACAGCAACCCCAGAGUCGGUCACGACUGGACCUAAUGGUCAGGGGUCCCUUUAUGGUUCACAACCACUUAUGGUUCACAACAAGGAGCUUGAAUUGGGCAACCAAAAAAAUCAGUACAUCUAAUAUAGAUAUAAAACAAUCCAAAUUCAGCCUGAAUUGAGAAUGAACUGUGGCUUUCCAGAUGUUGCUGCUCUUCUGUCAGCCCCCAACCAGCAUAGCCAAUCUGCAGGGAUGAUGGGAGUUCUAGUCCAACAGCAUCUGGAGGGCCACAGGUUCCUCAUCCCUGAUCCAGACUCAAAUUUGAUUGGCUUGUUUUGUUUGCUCAAUCUGGUUUCUGUGGUUGACGAGAGAGAAAACUAGUGCUUAAAUAUUUUAAUUUGUUAAGAAGGAAUCCAUGUGAACUGUCAGAGUCUUAGUUCUUAUAGCUCCAUACAGCAGUGUCAGUUUACACGGGUAGCAGGUGAAGACGUUGUAAGGGAGGAUGUGAAAUGUACACAUGUGUGAAGUUAAAAGAAAAUUAUUUAGCAGCUGACAGUUAAAAUGAAAGGGGGAAAAAUGGACAUAAAGACCAUAUGUCGAGAUUGUAGAAAUGUAAGGAAAUAGCAUUUUAGUUGUUGUUUUUACUGAGGGCAAGGAAGGAGAAGGCAUUGAACAUCUGUAAAGGAUUAAAAGGCCAUAAUGGAUUAAGCACUUGCAGAAACUUCUGAACAGGCCAAAGUUCUCAUCACCCACAGGAUUCCCACUUACAACAGGAGAUGAAGCGGCAUUGCCAAAAAUGAAUGAGGAGGUUUUUUAAAAAAGAAAGAAAGAAGACUAAGAGGCAGCAAUCAUGCCAGUGGAAAAUGAGCAGACACGGAGAACACACAGCAGAAGCACAGAGCAACAGAUUGGGACACACAGCACUAAUAUUCUUGAGCACAUUUAUGAUCUGGAAAGAUCAGCACAGCAGUAUAAUUGACUGUACUGUUGGGUGUCCCAACAAAAUGUAAAAAAAGAGAAAGAAAUGAGAGAGAUUUAUUGCAUAGUAUUCAUCAGUGUUUACUGGUGUUUCCCACUGCCCAGAAUUCUGGGUUUCCCUAAAGGGCAGUCAGCAGAGGGUACAGCUUUUAUAUUAGCUGAAAAUGCAAAUAACUGCUGGCUGUUUGAAUUCAGGUUGGAUGUGGGUCGUGUGCACAAGUCUGCAGAGGCCAAGCUUAGUUGUAAUUGUUUCCAUUGCUGGUUUUGCUUCCUUGAUGCCGGAGCCCACUCCUCCCGCCCAACGGCUCACAAGUUCAAAGGGGGCCACUUGAGAUAGCAAGCAGCUGGGGCUAAAGCUAAGGACGAGAGGGAUGCUCCCAAGAGAGAAGGGCACAUAUUUUGACCACAGAAUUCCAUCCCGGCCCCCAUCCCUCCCCUCCUUUAGCCUAGAAAAUGAUUGACUUUAGGAUGGAAGAAAACAUGUACUUGUCUGGGAGCAUUUUUAUCCUCCUUUUCAGUCGAAGAAGGCUCCCUGAGCAGCUGAGCGAUAAGAUGGUCCCUGUAAUCAGACUUUCCAUUUAAAAGAUGUGACAUGAAAGAAAAGGGGAUUGAGAGGAAGAAGAAAAAAUAGCAAACUCCAGCAUUAGUUAUUAGAUAUGAAUCAUUGACUUUAUAACUUGUUGGUCAUUAGCCAUAAACAAGAGUAGACCCAUGGAGGUUAGUUAAUGGGCAUGACAAACUCAGGUUCAUUCAUUUCAAUGAAUCUACUCUGGGUGGGAUUUAAUUGGCUACCAUUCAGAGUUCCCCCCCCCAAUGACCAGAUCAAAUGGAAACAGCUGGAGAAAAACAGGAGCCAAACGCUGCUGGUCUCUCAGCAGGGUGGGUGGCGGGUCCUGCUCCCCUUCCUUCCCCCUGGGGCAGGCUGAUGGAAUGACUACUGCCAGGUGACACUUUGUGGAUGGAGGUGGCUUCUUUGAAAAGCCCGCUUCCUUUCCUCUUCUCUGCUGCAGACUGAUAUUCCAGCCAUUCAGAUACACGUCCUCAUUUUUCAGAGACUCCAUUCCCAAACCAAGGCAUUAUUGCUAGGAGAAAGAAAAUGAUCUUGCACGGUCUGCAUAGCAACCUAGAGAGAGAGAACCUUAUAUUGACUUCCAUUCAAAAUAUAUUUUGCGAUUCAUCUGUUUUAAACCAUCAUGGCUUCCUCUCAGAAACUGAGAUUUUUAACUUCCUAAGGGUGCUGAGCAGUCUUUGUUUUCCCCUUCCUUCCCUUUUUAGAGGGUAACAGUCCCCAGGAAUACUUGCCCUGCUCUGAUGACAACAAACGGGGGUACAACGGAGAUGGGGAGGAGCAGAAUUGCUCUUGUAGGUCCUUUCACAGCCUAUGCCAUGUACAAUGUUGUGCAGGCUUUGUACAUGAGAUGAGGAACCCUGCAAAAAACAAAAAACAGCAGCCUCACCAGCUACAUUUUGAGAACCUGAGCGCGUGCAACUGUACAGGGAAUGGAUUUGGGAUUUGCUACCAUGGUCCUGUUUUCUCCUUUGCACAUUCAGCUAAAGCUGCUUAUAUUUUGAGUGCAGUGUGCUACAUGAUGCUGAAUAUUUCCCAACAUAGAUCUACUAGAUCAGCCUUUGCCAACUUAGUACCCACCAGACGGUUUGGACUGCAACUCCUAUCCAUCCCUGGGGCAGAGAGAAGUUGUAGUGCAAACCAUCUGGAGAUGACUAGGUUGGCCAAGGCUGUGGUAGCCUACUGACAAACCGUAGUUUCAGGUCAGAGAUCUGAAAUGGACAGAGCAUGGAGGAGCAACCAGUAAAGGGGAAAUUUAGGCAAAUCUGCCUUACACCUAUAUGUGCAGAUAAUAGCAACCACAGCCGCAGGGAGAGAGCUGAGAAGUGUUUUAGUGAGCCUUGGCUGAAUCAGAACUUGCAAUUAAUCUUUCUAUUUUUGUUUUAUUUAAACAGGGGCUAGAAGGCCCUUUUGGCCCAAAGGGACCGAGAGGACCUCAGGUAAGUUUCUUUAAAACCUAAUUCUAUGUGAAGAUUAUUAUUUGUUUGCAUUAUUCAACUCCAGGGGACAUUUGGCUUGUGAUAUGUGGAUUACUUUGGCUAGAGGUGGUCAAUCUGUACCCGGGCUAUACUUCAGCAGAACUAGGUGGCACCUUCUCCUGUUCCAUGUGCAAAAUAUGACUGGACUGAUAGCAGUUGAACACUUGUGAUGGAACAGCAUCUUCCACCACACCUGAGGGCAGCACACCCAACUCUUUCUUCCAACAUCACACACACACAUCACUAUACACACAGGUCUGUCCUACAACAGUUCACCACUACUGCCUGCCCAGCAUCAUCCACCGCUACAUUCUGCUGUAUGGAAGAGCCGGCCCUACGUUUCAAGAUACAUGACUGAAUGGCCCUUUGUGUGAGUUCCUCCCUCUCCAAAGCCUGAAGAGAUGCAGCCUCUGUACAUUUAUCACCUCACUGUCUUGUCUGUGUAUGCAUCAGUUGUUGCUUGCCGGCAUUCCAUGCUCUGUCUCAGAACUAACUCGAAUAGAAGUGUCAAGGGGAUGAAGUUAUUGGACAAUUAAAAAUUAGUAAGUCAACAGGGCCAGAUGGCUUAUGCCCAAGAGCUCUUUGAAAACUCGAAACCAAAAUUAUUGAUCAGCUAACAAAAAUAUGCAACUUAGUGCCACAGUGGGCCUCCUUACCAGAAGACUGUAAGAUAGGUAGAUAAACACCAGUUUAUAAAAGGUAGGUGAAGCAGAGCCAGGAGAUUACAGACCUGUCAGCCUAACCCAGGCAUAGGCAAACUUGGCCUCCAGAUGUUUUGGGACUACAACUCCUAUCAUCCCUGACCACUGGUUUGGGAGUUGUAGUUCCAAAAUAUCUGGUUAGGCCAUGCCUAUGCCUGGCCUAACCACAUUUCUUGGAAGCAAUUAUUAAAGUUAACCCCCUCUCCCACAAUAAUAAGUAAAUAUGAGAAGAACAAGUCAUGCUGAAAAAAAGUCAGCAUGGCUUCUACAGCUGGAAAAGUAGAGUUUGGGGGGAAGGAGAGUAAUAAUAAAAAACCCCAGUGUCAUCAUGUUCUUAUAUGAAUCUAUAGCUGUAACAAAAAAGGCAUAUUGUGCCAUUCAGUGAGGAACAUUGUGUGAUGAUCCAAGAUAUGAUCAUUUCCAUGACAGCACUGUGGGGCUCCUUCCCUUCUGGAAUAUGGUUGAUGCCAUCUAUGUCCACCUUUCAAUGACAAUUAAAAGCAUUUUUAUUCUCCCAGGCUUUUAGUGAAAACUGAUGGGAGAAAUUCUGUUGGCUAUAUCUGCUGCUGUAAUGCUGCUGUAAUGAUUUUUGUUAUUGUUGCUGUACUUUUGUGGGGGAAGGUCUUGUUAAUGGCUGUUGACUGCUCUUCUACAUUGUGUUCGAGUAUAAAUUCUCUUUGUGUGUUUCUGUCCGACAAACACUGUUAGUAGCUUUUUAAAUUGGUUUAAAUUUGACUAAGAUAGAGCAGACUCACUGAAAUUAAUGGAUGGCUACCUCAAGUCUAUUGAUUACAGUGGGUUUACUCUGAGAAACACUUGGUGAGAUAUAACCCAUUGGCACCUACCAUGGAAUCAACAAAGUGAUGGAUGGGAUAUAAAUGCAAGCAAUAAAAAUAGAUAAAACGGAAGAUAUAUAUCUGAAUACCAGAUACAGGAAACAGCAGGAGAGGGCUAUUGCCUUCACACCCUGCUUGUGGGCUUCCUGGAGGCACUUGAUUGGCUGUUGCUAAGAAACCAGAUGCUGGGCCUUUAUUUCGACCCAGUAGGCCUCUUGUGUUCUUAUAUGGCUCAGUAGCAGCAUAUCUUUUGUAUCCAAGGAACUCAAGCAAUGGAGAACUUUGUGCUGUUCUGUUCUUGAAAUGUACAGCUUUCCUUCUGUGUGAUUAUUUUUAAAAGCUGUCAUUCUCAAGGGGAACCUGCUAUCAAUCUCCUCCUUGUCACAGUGUCCUGUUCUGCAGCUACAGUGCUGAGCUUAAAGUAGAACUGUGAGAACAUUUUUGACUUCUCAGUGGAACUGCUGAACCCCCUCCCUUGCCAAUUCUUCAGCUUUUCUUCCAGUAGAAAAAUGUCUAGUAUUUCUCCAUAAAUGCUUUGUUGUGAUCAAGAGGAGUUCCCAUGGUAGAAAAUCAGACUGCUACUGAACAGCACCAGUGAUAACGUCAGGCAAGACUUAAGCAGGGAUUUCCCGGAAAGUUUGAUGAGUUCUUCUUAUAGCACUGUUGUAUAGCUAUGUCCCUGAAAUACCGCUGAAAUUGAAAUUACAGAAUCAUAGCAAGGCUUGUGUACUUUAGCUGAUCUGUACAGCUCAACUACUGUAUACCCACAUUGUGCACUUGUUGAAUGUAAUGUCUGAACACCCUAUAUUCUUCCUGGAAAUGUCUUCCCAGACAUUUGCACGGCAGCAGCUCAUUCUGAGACUGCACUUGUUGAUGUUAAGCCAUGAGAAGUCUCUUCCCACAAACUGAUAUCGCACCCCAGAAUCUGAUUCUCUCCCUGCCCACAGGAUAGUUCUGACUGACAAGAACAUUUCUGACAAUGUACAUACACAGUUUUCUUCUGUAAACACUGAAAUCUUUGAGUGUGCAAGCUCAUGUGCUUAGAGAUAGAGGACAGAGUUCAUAUAUAUUCUGUACAUGUCUGCAUGUACACAUCUUAGUAUUGCCUUGACUGUAAUAUUGUUUUGCUCUGACUUCUUAACUGAUCGCAUGUUAUUGGCUCCUACUCACUUGAAAUCCUCCAGAAUGUCAAUAAGACAAGAAGAUAGUAAUAAGAUAUACCAAGAAGCUGAAUGGUUUUUAGCCAGAUUCCAGCAAUUCCUUCAAAUUCACACUGAACUCCUGGGGUUAAUUGGCUCUGGAUAAUAUUCUUAUUCUUAUUAUAACCCCCCCCCCAUUUUAUAUUAUAUUUAUUUCCUCCCAAAUGUAAUAGGAAGAUUGGGGGUCUGUAUUGAAAGGUACUAUCAGUGUGUAGACCACUGGCCUGUGAGCACUCCAAUUGGAGAAUAGCCUCUACCAAAGGCAUCAUGGACUUUGAAGAAGCAUGAACUCUGGACCAAAGGAAGAAACGAGCUAAAAGGAAGGCACGUUUGGCAAACCCUCACCGUGACCGACUCCCACCCUGAAACCUAUAUCCCCACUGUGGAAGGACGUGUGGAUCCAGAAUUGGCCUCCACAGUUGCUUACGGACUCACUGUGAAGACCGUAUUCAUGAAAGACAAUUUUAUGUGGCUACGAGUGAUCACCAAAGAAGAAGGUCAGAGUCAGUUGGAAAGUCCCCCUGAGCAAGGGAAUAAAAAAGUUUUACAAUGAAAAUGAAUAUACACAGUUAUUAAUUCUCUCUUAUUGCAAGAAUCCACACACAUAUUUACAGGUUUGUGUUUAUUACUGAGACUGUGUCUGAAGUUAUGCAUAACAUGCUUAUUGGUAAAAGUCAAAAUUCUCCUUUCUUUAUCUUUCUAAAGGGAAUCAGUGGCCCUCCAGGUGAGCCUGGUCCAAAAGGCAUUCAAGGAAAUAAGGUAAGAUGUACCAUUUUGCAAGUGGGAUUGGCAACAGAAUGUUGCAGAGUGGGAGUACAGGCUGUAACAGUUUUAGGUGCGUCCGAUAUGUGCAUGACUUGAGGCAUUUUUUGAAAUUUGCACUUCUCUGAUGUGUGGUGUGCAGUUCUCUCACCAAGCAAUGUGCACAAAAAAUGUAUCAUAUAAGGGAAAACUGCUCUAGAAAAAAUAUGUAUAUUAGGCCAACUUGAGUGCGAAGAUGCGUAUAUUAGGAGAAAUUCACACCAAAAUGCUGACGAAUUUUCAUGAGGACUUGGGUUUGUUAAAAGUGACACAUUCUGCCAUCCCUAGUUACAACUCUGUGUAUUUCCCCCAUGCCCCGUAAUUGCCAAUCAUUGGCACGCCAGCAUGUAUCAAUAUAUUUAUUGUGCUACUUGGGUCUCUUUGAACAUUGAAUAGCUAAAUAUUUAUAAAUGCCAGAACUAGUGUUAACAAUACUAUUUUGCACUUGACUGUCAAGACGCGGGAGUUUUCAUGAAUGCGGCCUCUAUUACAUUGUAUGUGGGCGUUCAUUAUGUGAAACAUCCUGGCCUUGUUUCUGAGGCAACCAGAACAUUUGAAGAUACAGAGGAACUGCUAUAUGUGGAAAGUAUUUGUGACAGUAAAAGAUGCUGGAAUCUUGACCUCACACAGUCUUUUUCCUUGCCUUGAAUUUUCUCGUUCUUUGUUUGCUGUCUUUCGUACAGAUUGCUACUGUGCCAUCUCAGCAGACAAAAAAAGGGGGGGGGGAGAAUAAAUCCCACACGUUAUCAGAAUCUUAAGCUUUUCCGAAACUGAAUGUAUUUUGAUUAUAAUAUUGAUUUGGUGUGAGUUUUGGGGAGCAGAGACCACAAGCAGACAGGAGGGGAGGGGAAAAAAACACAUGUCAACAACUUUUAUUGGUUGCAGUCAUAAUAGGUAUUGGCAUAGCAUAGGGCAAAGAACCUGCUGUAGGGCUACCCAACUGUUGCCCCUUGCCUCCCUCUCCUGCCUCCUGGCUGGGGGACCAGAAGGGAUUUGCUUGGGCAUCAGGGGGCCAUCCUGGCACAAGCCAUUCUGGAGGGUCACACCCGCAACCUGGGUGUGCGGUGACCAGCCUUAGCCCUUGGGUUCUAGCUGAUGCCUUGGAGUAGCCCCAUCCAAGGUAGAUUCAGCAUCACCAAUUGCCCAUGCGUCUCAUUGGCCAAUCAUCUGUGAUGCUGUGACACACCAACAACCUGUCUCCCACUCAUUGCGCCAGUAGCGGGUAUCAUUUUAGGGGGUGAAACUUAAUUUUUGCAAACGUCUUCAUUGAGGGGGUCUUAAAAAUAUUUUUUCAUGUGAUUAAUUCAAACCUGUUAUUAUUUUUGUGACUGGACAACAUUUAGCUUGGCAAAUCUACAUUUGAUUCAAAAGCACAUAAACUAGGUCUCGGAAAAACCAAAGAAUUUAAAUUUUCUGAAAAUGACAGGUAAUGCAAUAUAUUUUUAGGUUUUUCUGCAUAAAACAUAUCCUACUAAGCAUGCAACAUCACCUUGUUUCAUUUUUUUCACCUUUUUAUUAAAUAGGACAAGUUUAAAAUUAUUGGAAGUUGCAUUAAAAAAUAUAAAAAGCAUUUAUUUUUAUAUAGCUAUACACCAAGCAAAACUAAAUUUAACCAAAUUAUCUUUUGAAUCCCCAAGUCAUGAUACAGCUUUUCAGCAUCGCUCGUUUUUGGAAUCUGAAAAUUGAAAAAUUCAACGUGCUCUAUUGUGCCAGUAGUACUAGCUACCUUAAUGAGAAGAGGGAGAAGUGGAGAUUAACUUUUUUGUGUGUUUUUUAAAACUUAUUUCUUGGCUCUGACACAUUUAUUUGCCUUUUGUACAUACAGGGCAAGUUAGACAUGAUGUUAAUUGUGUGAAUGCAGUUACCAUGCAUAUUUUGCAAAGAGCCUCCAAGGACAAGGCUUCAGCUGCCUUAGAACCAAGCGUUAGGGUGGGGGUGGGGUCAGGGAGAAAAUGUAAUUUUCUCUCCCUGCCACAGCCCCAACAAAAUCCUCCCCUCUGAAACUGCCAACUGUAUUUCAAAUAUAGCCGUUAUUGGGACCAGUGGAUAAACCCCUCCCUGUGCUGUGAUCAUGAUCCAGGUCGGGGGAUGCCACAGCUGCAGUUAGUUGAAAGAAUCCCAAGAAUCCCAACCAUGUGAUUCAAAGGUGUGUUUAGCAUUUUUGAAUCUCUCCCUAAUAACUUAUUUAGAAGCCACCCUUGGAGAACAAAGUGGUGAUCAAAAAGGCAUUUCUGGGAUAUUGUAUCACAGAGAAGGGAGAUAAAUUGACUGCAAAUGUACCAAAUGUGAAUGACUGUAACUCAGGGCGAGUUUCUAUGUGUAGGUUUUAUAUACAUUUUUAAGCAGUUCGGUUGUUUUUUUUUGGUAGGUUUAUCUAAAAUUUUGGGAAUUAUCAAAGCUGUUCUGAUCACAUUCAGGGCUGGAUUUAGGUUUGAUGAGGCCCUAAGCUCCUGAAGGUAAUGGGGCCCUUUAUAUGUCCAGCUUGUCAACAACAAAUUGUUGCUGUUUUUUGUGUUGAAUAUGCUAUAUGAUAAUUUAUGGACCUAACAGGUAUCUAAAGCCAUUUGCACACAACAAAGUAUGUAUUUUAUCAAAAUAAUUGUUGAAUUGAAAUACAAUUAAGAAGAAUGUAGGCACCCUAUAUAUAGAGAUGAGCAAACCAGUGAUAUUUUUCGGGAGCAGGUUAGCAGGCGGGGCCCAUUUCUUACAUCAUAGGAGCCCACACAACACACAACACUCUUGCUGUAUGUAGGUUUUAUUUUAUUUGUUUUUUAUCUUAUAUUUUGGAAAUGUACAUCCACUUUUUCCCCCUUUAAUUUUUUUUCGGGCCCCCAAGAGAGUGGGGCCCUAAGCUAUAGCUUGUUUAGCUUAUACUCAAAUCCGGCACUGAUUACAUUCACUACAUUUUUUAAGCACAUGGUUUGUCAUGAUCUUUGCACAUGUUGGAGCAUUCAGAAUCAUCUCCAGUCACUGGAAAAGUUAACUUGUGUUGACUUCACCAUGUAAAUAGCUGUAAUGUCACUUGCUUUCUGCUUAAUCCCAUUUAAGAAUGGGUCAAUCAGCAACAAUCAUAUAGAGAUAACUCCCUUGUUGUAGAAGCACUGCCUUGAAACAGUAUAUUUUUUAUCUUUAAAGCACUUGAUUAAAAAGAAUAGUAUUGCCAAUAAUCGGCUCCUACAUUACAUUGUUGUUUUAUGGGCUGAAGGAAUAUACAGAAGAAAGCUUUUAUGAAUAAAUGCAUUUUCAGCAGACAAAUCCCAAGAGAUCUCUUGCUUUUUGUGUUUGCAAAGUAAAUUCGGAUCUGAAACAUUUCCACCCUUAACAAAGCCUUGGCAAGUCAUUAUUUACAACUCCUUUAUUAAACAACUCCAUUAUUUAUCUUCUGGACAGAAAACUGUAUACAAAGAUACAGAAGCCAUCCAUUUUUUAAUUAGCGGAUUUUAAAGUGGAAUUUGCAUCUCUGCACCCUUUGGUUCUCAGACAAAUGAGCUUCAGCUAGUAAAUGAACUUGGCCAAGAAAGAGUUUUGCCCAGUAAAAUGAAUGGCUGUUUACAGCUCAAUAAAUACCCAUUCAGCCUGUAAAGGUCAGUGCCUUUUUCAUGUGAGUACUAUGGCAGACAGAUACUUAGCAACCUCUCCAAAGUCUGUUAUCUUUACAGAAAGAUCAUUCAGUGCCCCCCUUUUAGAAAAAAAGUUUCCAUACACUUAUGAAUGAAUUCAAAGUCUUGCAGUUAUUUAUAUGGUGGACGGCUACUUUUCCCAAGUGUAUAAAUAAUAAGUCUGUUCUCAGGACAAUACCCGUGGAGCAAUUCAGCUGCUAUGGAAGAGGUUUCUGACAAAAUUAACGGAGAAGCUACCGAUGGCUUUCCAACUGGGACACAAAUGUGGCAUGCAUUUAGGAUUGCCACUGCCAAAAUUUUCUGUGGGUCUCCUUAAGCACUUGAUGAAGGCAUUUGUUUAGUUUUGUAGGUUGUCAAGGGGGAAAGAGAAUUCCAUUCUCGUGAAACAAGCCAAUAUUGAUAGCUGUGGAUGUUCCCUCUGAGUCAUAUUCUAGGAAAUUUCAAUUCUGUGCUAAAAAUACAUCCUGCAAAGCAGAUUUUUGGGCAGGGCUAGCCUAACUCCCAACCCAUUGCAGCAGUGGGGGAUAAAGAAGUGUCCCUUUGUUUGGCUCUACAGGUCUGGGGUUGAGGUGGGAAGGGGGAAGCACAGGUGAGCAGAUGCAGAAGCUACCACUGGUGACAUCUUUACCUGUAGCAGCCAGACUAAACCCCCUGAAACAUGGAGUUAGGUAGGAGAGGGAUGGGACGGGUAAGAAUUAACUGGGCCACCUGCCACUGAUUGACCCAAUCUGGAGCUCUCUGCUGUGCCAACCUGGGGCUGGUGCACUUGAAACAUAGAUGCAACAGGCAUAUUCUAUACUAACUUUUAAACAUUUGCUAAAAACUUUUCUAUGCCACCAGGCUUUCUCAGACAAUUAAAACAAAUAUUUUCUGGAAUACUUAGCUGGAUGUGGGUGGUGCUGUGAUCUAAACCACUGAACCUCUUGGGCUUGCUGAUCAGAAGGUCGGCGGUUCAAAUCCCCACGACGGGUUGAGCUCCCCUUGCUCGGUCCCAGCUCCUGCCAACCUAGCAGUUCAGAAGCGCAUCAAGUGCAAGUAGAUAAAUAGGUACCACUCCGGCGGGAAGGUAAAUGGCAUUUCCGUGCACUGCUCUGGUUUCAGUGUUCCAUUGCGCCAGAAGCGGCUUAGUCAUGCUGGCCACAUGACCAGGAAAAACUGUCUGCAGACAAACGCUGGCUCCCUCAGCCUGUAAAGUAAGAUGAGCGCCGCAACCCCAGAGUCAUCUGCAACUGGACUUAACUGUCAGGGGUCCUUUACCUUUACCUUUUUAAGGUGCAUUCAUAUUUAUUAUAAACUACUUUGAUUUUUUUUUUAAAUGAAAUUGUGGUAUACAAAUACUUUUUGUAAAUAAAUAUGUAUUGCUUUUUAAAUUUGCGUCUGUCAAUAUACAUUAGCUUCAGAAUUCAAAUCUAUACUGUUUAUGGUGUUUUUCUCUGGUUUUGGUAUUGCCAAAAGUGGCCGCUCUGAACUCAUCCCUGACUGUGCUGUGGCCUCUGGUUCCCCAGAGUCUAAUCUGCUUGCACUGGCUUUGACCUUGCCUCUUUGGUUCACGUCCUUGUCUUGACACCUGACCAUCCUGAGGCACAAUGGAAACCUUGUGAUUCUCAGCAUUCUUGUUUUGUACAGGAGGGAAGAAGCACAGAAGUUGCCAGAUGUAGCCCCUUCCCUCAUACAGAUAAAAUGGGAGAUAUUUCUUUUUAAAUGGCUUACAUAAGAAAAACCCCAGUCUUCACCCUACCCCACCCACAAAAGGCAUUGCAGCCUUAGGGCUUCAGCUUAAUGCCAGAAAAUGUCAUGGGUGCAUAUAUGUUAAUUGUAUUAGCAGCUGCUGAGAAUCUGGAAACAAUCCAGGAGUUACUUGAAAGGGACUAUUAAAGUGCAUCUUACAUAGCCAAGAAGAAGAAAAUCCAAACAAUUAUUAUGAUCUUCAUGGGUAGCCUUUUUCAUUCCACUUAGGCAUACACACAUGGACGUACACCUCUGGAUAAUGCUGGGACAAACAAGUGUUUUAAAUUAGGAAACGUUCCAUUGUGCUAAAUAUUCUGGAUGAUUUCUUGUCGUACAAGCUCUUGGAAGCAGGGAUAUUUGGAAAGCAGAAAGCCAGCCUUGUAAGAAAACUGCCAGUUCCAGCACAAAGUGAAAACACUGGAUCAGGUUGACAGAUUUCAGAUGUUGGCUUUCUGAACCUUUCCACUGAAAGAGGCCUACUGUCAACAUUAUAGAUCUUGGAGUUAGGUGGAUUCUGGAGGAUGUCCUCAUGAACCAAAACGAGCAUGUAAGCCAUGCUUUAAAGUUAUGCUGCUAAAAAAAAAGUUAUGGUUCUGCCUGUGCAAGAAAAGUAAAUGAGAGAUGUUAAAAAUUAAACCCCAUCUUACUCUAUGUACUAAUAAUGAACCAAAUUCUCUUGAGCGUGGGUCUUUCUGUAGUCAACAGAUCCAGACAGAGAAAUCGGUAGGCUUCCAUGAACCCCAAGAUUUGAAAUGUACAAAAUGUCUUUAGGGAAAAGCCUAGCCGGAAGCACACCAAAAGCAACCCCCCUGAGGACAGAGCAUGUCUGGUGGCCGCAGAAUGCAUGCUGACUGUUUGCUGGUAGAGGGUGGGGAAGAAAUCAGUGGAGAGAUGGAAUGGAGUUUCCUAGAAAAGGGCAUGUCCGAUUGGCUGGAACUCUAAACAGGAGUGUACAUUUUGUUGCAGGUUCCAUUUCUGGGGUGAAACCUAUUGUUCUUAAGGGGUGGAGAGGAGAAAGACCUUCUUAAGCCUUCCUGUCUUGACGUGCAUUUGGCUGGCUGAUACUUGCUAUCAGAGAAGCCUGCCCUAGAUACCUGGAAAGGGAGGUUGGGGUUUCCUUUUUUAUUAUCUUGAUAUCAUUAUGGAUGCAUCUGGACAUUAAAAAUUCGUGUGCAAUUCAGAGUUAAUUUGCCUGAAGGGACAAAAUCAGAUGCUUUUGGAAUGGAAUAUAUUUGACCAAAUGACAAAGGCUGGUUCUGAUGUCCUCAUAGGGCUUCCUUGCAUGAAUCCUGUCAUUGUAUAGUAUUUACGGUAGAAACUCUGCCAAGAUCAUUAGAAAGCAGACAUGUAUUUGCUCUCAUGUUGUUCUUGGCUUUUCUUCCUUUUCCUGCUGUUGGGAAAAAAGAGAUUUCUUGUUGAUAAUUAACAUCGAAAAAGUAUUAACUUUUUCACCACCAAAGCAUCUGUGUGUAGCAGACAUCUGAAAAGCUCACAUUUCUUCCUAAGAUAUUUUAGUCUAAGAAAGAACAAAUCAAUGGAAACUUAACAGUGUGCCUUCUAAUUUUAAAGUCAAUAGUUUAAGGGUGCAAUCCUAUACUUGAUUUCCACUGGCUGAGGGCUUCAGGAUUUGGGGGAUGCCUCACCACCUAUGCUGCUGUUACCACACAAGCCCUGGUAAGGAAAGUGCUAAGUGGGGCUUACUCCCAAGUAGGGAUGCCAGAGACUUCCUUGGAAAUGGGAGUGGAAAUGGCUGCAAUUCAUAGAGGUCAGGAACAGAAACUAUGCCAAUGAAUAUGAGCAGUAUUCACUUUUAUUGUUUAUUAUUGUUUUAGUUUGCAAACGUUGCAUAACCAAUUGCUUUGUUUUCUGCAUUGGUUUUGACAGUAAAAUGCUUUGAAAUUAAUGAUGUGAUUAAUGAUGUCAUUAAUUCCAUAGCUAACUGUUAGUUUUGGCCAGGGCAUGUAGAGAGAUGCAUAAUGUAGGUUUUAGUGGAAGGCGAGCUGUAGCGGAAUGGAAACAGUACUGGUUGCAGCAAACACAGAAUAGGACAGAAAUUGCUGCCUCAUUACAUUCCAGCUUCCAAGUAAAACAGGUGUGGCAUUGUAGCCUUGGAGUAGUGUGUAAAUUCUGCUGAACACAGUGGGACUAAUUUAAUCAAUUCCGAGGUACAUGUUGCUUUAAAAGUAAAAUCCAUGAGGUUCAAUGGGACUUACUCUCAGGGGACUGUGUAUAGGAUUGCACCUUAAAUUCCAUUGAUUUCACUUAGACAAUUCAGCACAUGCUUAAAUCUUCUGCUCAGAAAUAAAUGGGACUGGAUCUAUAAGCUUUGAGUCCUUACUUUCUUGUAGAUAAGCUGGCAUUUUCAUGAAUUUGACAUACACCCAUUUAUAAAUUCAAUUAUGUUGUCUGAAGAUGGAAAGCCCAUAUUGCUUCAGAUUAUCUCAUCUGUGCAGUGCUGUUGAACUGUACCCAAACCACAGGAAAUCCAGUUUCUUUGCUUUGUUAUUUUAACUUCUAGCUAAAGUAAAAGCACUGAAAAAGAUUCUCUGUGCUCGUUCACUGCCACAUGAAGAGCGAAAGAUACAACAAGAGAAACAUAUGUUUAAAAACAACCCAGUCAUAAAGGGACUAUUUCCUGGUAUGGGAAUAUGUUAGUGUGUCAGAACACCUGCUAUUUACUGUGUUCAGUGGAGUCACACAAGGAUAACUUAGGAGCCAGAGCUGAAAUGCAGGGCAGCAAUAGAGCUUGGGGAAGCGCAGCAAUUCCUAGAAGCCAUUUUGCUCAAUCUUUGUACUCAAAGUCCAAUGGGAUCGUAAAGGAUCAAAUCAACACGGUUCUCAGCCUGCAUACUAUGGAUCACGAAUUCAUUAAAUAGAAUUUCUUAUUCACAUUGUUUGCCACUCUACAGACUACUCAUUUGUUUAUUUCUGCUUCUUUUAAGGGGGAGCCAGGCCCAGCUGGUCCUUAUGGCCCUGCUGGAGCCCAGGGAAUUGGAUAUCCAGGACCUAAGGUAAUGUAUAAGAUCAACGUUGGUAAUAUGCUCAUGGAAACAUCAAUGGUUUUUGGACUGUGUUGCAUUCAGAACAGCAACACCUUCCUUUAAAUGCUUAUCCUUUAAUUUUACAAGGGUGACAGAGGUCAGGAAGGAAGAAUCGGGCUUCCAGGACCUAUUGGGAUUGGUGAGCCAGGCUUAACAGUAAGUAAAAUGGUCAAGUUUUUCAGAAAUUUUUUCUACACUGUUGGAAUUUUUGGGUGUAGCUGAUUGAAAUGCAGUGGCAAUGUGUAUUGAUUCAUUACGAAGAGUAAUGAACAAAAACAAAAGUAAACCAUAGGUUUUCUGCUUCCUUCAAAAGAAAGUUUUGCAAGGGAUCAAAAUGAGACUGAGAAUUAAAAAAUAACAUCCAUACUGUUAAAGAAUUUCUGCAUUUUAGCUGGAAAUAAGUGUCACAAUGCAUUGGGCACCUCUCCUGUAUAAGUCCCAUUCAAUUGAAUGGAGUCAUUUCAAGGGGACUUGUGCAGAACUUUCUAGUUUGGUAUAUUAAAUCCACCCAUUUGACAUGGGCACUGGAGCUCUGAUGUGGAAUUCUACCAUCUGCAAGACUGUCCCAUGCAUUUCAAUAGAGGCAAUGUGUUUUCCUUAGGAUCAUAUAAUUUGCCCAAAGCAUCCCUGAUUAUAGAACAUUUAUUCAUUUUUUCACCCCUUGUAUUCUUGCUGUAUUCAGUGCUGUUUUGUUUCCAGCAGAAAAUGGCAAGGGAUUGGCUCAAAGCUUCACCAUGCUUAGAGCAGACCUAUUGAAAACCAAGGAGUCUUAGGUUGUUUCUUUUGUUAAGGGGCCUUAUUUCCCCUACCUCGUCUUCUGAUGGCUGCAUGCUUGAAAUAUUAACUAUAGCUUUAGCAGCUUUAAUGGAGUGUACAUUCUUGAUCCCAACCAAAGUCCCUGACAUACAUGCAGGGGUUUUAGUGUAUACAUGAAGUUUUGCAGAGUAGCUUCCUCUAGUGUCUUAAGCAUGGAGACCUAACUUCACAUGGUGUUGGACUGGGGAAGAAAGUCAAUUCUGUUCACAUUGAAAGAUGAACCUACCUAAUUUGGGGCAACCCAGUCAGAUGGGCAGGGUGUUGUUGUUAUUAUUAUUAUUAUUAUUAUUACUUUUUGAAACAAUACACGAACUGAAACGCAGCCCUCCUUCACAAUUUGCACCUCUCCAAAUUUUACAGUGCAGCUCCCCAGCCAAGGAAUGUAUACAAAAAUGCCUAGGAUGAAGUGUGCAUAUAAAUGCAUAUAUUGGUCAAAAGGUAAAGGUAAAGGACCCCUGUUGUCCAGUUGUGAACGACUCUGGGGUUGUGGCGCUCAUCUCGCUUUAUUGGCCGAGGGAGCCGGCGUACAGCUUCCAGGUCAUGUGGCCAGCAUGACUAAGCCGCUUCUGGCGAAACCAGAGCAGCGCACAGAAACGCUGUUUACCUUCCUGCCAGAGCGGUACCUAUUUGCACUUUGAUGUGCUUUCGAACUGCUAGGUUGGCAGUUGGCCAACCUAUAUUAGAGGAAACUGGGUUGCAGAAAAGUGUAUGUUAGGCAAAAAUGACAUAGAAAAACAAUUAUGUUAGGAGUAUGCUAAAAUGUUGGGGGCUACAUGAGGACUACUUAAAGUAAAAUCCACGAACUGAUGUGGAAAUGUGAACCGAACUUAAGGUUGGAUAAACGAGAAACUGAAAGAAACUGAAACUGACAGAUGAGCCCAUCCCUGCUUAGUUGUUAAAAAGCCAAAUGUGAUUUGCUAAUAGCAUCCAGUUAAGCACCUCAUAUCCCUGCGAUGCAUUUUGUAACGCUGAAGAAACUGGAGGGAAGUUCUUUCAUGCACUGUGGGAUCCAGGUGUAGUUCAGAGACCAAUAGGGCUUUGCAUCACAGCCUCUAAACACCAUUUGUCCAUUCAACUCCAGGGUCCACGUGGUCCUGAGGGCGUGCAAGGCGAAAGGGGACCACCAGGAGAAGGAGUUCCAGGACAGAAGGUAAAUGUUUCAGUCAAAAAAUUUGAGGAUUUCCAGUUCACUCAAUUUAUUACCUGCUGCUCCACUUCUUUGACUGAAUUACUAGGCGUGCGUUUGGUUCUUCAAUAUCUUCGUGUCACAACUUUCCCUUCCUUUGUCUAAAAUAUGUUAGUAUUUCCUCACUUUGUCCCAGGGUUACCAUUUAAGGAGGCUGGGAGUGAAAUUUAUCUUUUCUAUUCAGGAAUACGUGUGAGAAUGCCUCAGUAGUCAUCAAUAUCUCUGGUUAACUCUGUGUUGUUAACAAACAACCUUCAUAGCGAAAAUCUGACAACAGUUUAAACACCCUAAAAUAACUAAAUUCUAAAAAAUUCACUACUGUUUUCUCUUAAUCCUUUCUUAAACAGGGCUUUCCCUGGGUCUUGUCAGAUGUUCUUGAUAGUUCCUGCCUCUCAAAACACUCAGUGGUGGUAGCUAGUGGAGGUGAUGGGGGUAAACAUUGGUGACAAAUGUUCUUUCCCCAAUCCUUCAGUUUCUUCUGUUGCUGCCUUGUUGGGUCUGUGGUGAUUCCUAUUCCCUAGAUUUAUGCUACCAAACACCAGGCCUGCGUGACUCCUUCGCUGGCAGUUAGCAUUCUCCUCCCUCAGGCCAAUUAGUAUUAACAGCCUAGUGAUUGUUAUGAACCAUUAAUUAAAUGGAUCUCUGUAUUAGGCCUGCAUCCCAAAGCACCAGUCCCUGCUCCAAGUUUAUUCAGAAAGGGGAAUUGUUUGACCUAGCCCAAUAAUAUUCCUGCAGUCGAGGAAAUGCCUACAACAAAGGCUUGGUUCUAUUUUUUCUGUAGCAAAGUGGGAUAAAAAUGUCAGAAGCAAACCAAUAAAUCAAAUGCUCUUUGAUUUAUUACACAAAAGGAUUUGUGUGUCUGUGGUAUAUGCAGAGCUUUUGUUCAGUUGGAACUCGCCGGAACUUGGUUCCGGCACCUUUUAGGUGUGUGCCAUUGCCAUUCUAAGAGAACAGGGAGGUGUUCAUGGUGAGUUCUGGCACCUCUUUUUCUAGAAAAAUGGCACUGGGUAUAUGGAUCAAAUUUUGUGGGUUGGUAACAUGGCCAACAGCCCAAAUCCUUAGGAGGGCCCACAGCUGAGUCUCCAGCCAAUCCAGAAUCCAUCUGCGGCCAUCUGAGGUCAGUGGUCCUCUCAGCACUCCUUUGGAGCCUGGGUGGCUGUGGCUGGCAUCCAUUGUUUUAAUGCCCCCACAAUGUCUCUGGGACCUUGUUAUGGCAUCAUGAGCUCUCUGGGUGUAGCGUUUAGGUUGUGAUUUCCUGUCUGAAGUGGCUUCCUUUUGUAACUUCAAUGAGACCAGCAGGAACCCAGCUGUCCUUAGCAGCCCCAGCUGUCCUCCUACUCUCAAAGUGGACUUGGUUUCUCAGCAUCUUCAUGCCACUCAUUCUUCACCCUCAAAGACGACUCCAUUUGCAGUUGUAUGUUGGGAAAGCAGGGCCAUCUUUACCUGGGGGUACAAGGGGUGUGGGGCACCUGGGCGCCAAAUUCUGGGGGGCGCCAGGCACCCAACGCUGAAGCCACCUAAGCUUCUACCUGUUAUGAAAUAAUAAAUAAUUUUGAUCUAGCUAGAAAGACAAAAUACAUAUAUACCUAGUUAUUACCGAAAUGUAUACCUACUGUUUCACUAAAGGACUUUCGACUUUGUGCACUCAUUUACCAAAGACAUGGCGCGCUUGCCAUUCACAAUGGCGGCACUUGUCAGACUCAACAACGGCGCUUGUCAUUCACAUCAAGAGAUAAGGCAUAAGCGCGGUGUCUGACAUAAGCAUAAUAAAAAUUAAUAUGGGGGCUAAACUAAAUUUGGGGGCACUGGGUGGAUCUUUGCACCCCAGUGGUGCAUAUGCUAAAGACAGGGCUGUGGGAAAGUCUAACAUCAAAGAAUGCUAGUCUAAAUCUCUGUGGAGACUUGCAUCUUCAUGGACCAUUAGUAGUUUCUGGAAAAUUAAACAACCUACUCAUUAACAUACAAGUUUAAAAAUACAAAAGUGAUUAACUGUGGAAAUAAAAGCAGUUUUUAAUGUCCUCUUCCCACAUAUAUCCUGUCCUAGCAGAUAUGUACCGGAAGAGCCACAACCUCCUGUGGCUUGAGAGAACUCAUUUGUUUUUCUACAAUAUUUUUCCCUCCGGUAUGCAAAUAUUGCAUUCCACGUACUCUAACUGAAAAGUUGCUGGCAACUUUUACAGUGUCUAGACUGAAACUAAAUGCUCACCCCACGUUAAUAUUGCUGUAUGUGUCCUACUACUUCAAUAUUGCUAUGCCUGUUUUAUUUCGCUACUAGCGGACAUUUAGCUACUAGAGAGGAUACACAUAAAUUGGUUGUUGCCUGUAUAUAAAUAAUCUAGGGGUUAAAGAACUGAACCUUGCUGUGAAGUAGUUGAUGCCUGGCCAUAUCUAAUCCUAUCUACAUGUGUGCAUUUGCGGCAGUCCUGAAGGAAUGCAAAAAGAAGAAGAAGAACAAGAAGAAAAGCUUAAUUCAAUGCUAAUGUCAUGUAUUUUCAGGGUGACAAAGGUUCUGAAGGGCCAGCAGGACCUGUUGGAGCACCAGGACCCUCCAUCAAAGGAGAUAAGGUACGAUGUGUGGAACAGAGGGUAUAAAUUGUCUGCUGCAGUGCUGAACCAGUAGAAUUAAAGCUUAUAUGAAGAUGGUGCCCUAGGCGUCUGAAGGACAAAGAAGAAAUUCAUUGUAAAGAAUGCAGGGAAAAUAUAAUAAAUAGUUGCCUUGAUUGUGAGAGAGCCUACAUAAUGUCUGUGCUCAGGUAUAAUGGUAGACUGUGGUUUGUUGUGAUGGAAAUGAGCCUAGCUUCCCCGUAGCCUCCAGACUUGCACAGUCCCCCUCUCAACUUCUUUUCUGGCAUGGCUGUGGGGAGGAAGCUGAAAGCUUUCACUGAUGAUUUUGAUUAGCCACAGUAUAGCAUUGCAUGUGAACUGCAUGUGUUUAAUCACUGUGGUUUGUUUGAAGUCAGAUAGCUUCAUAAAUCACAAUUUGGAGUUGGCUUGAUUCAAACAAACCAUAGUUGAUAUUUACCAUGGUUUGUCAGAUUUGGUUGACGCGAGAAGCUACGCGGAAGCAAAAUUUCCUGAACUUGUAGGCAUGCUAGAAGAAUAAGCGAGGAGGUGGAAGUGCUUGAGACUGGUGGGAGGUUAGGUUUGUUCCCAACAUGAUUUAUUGUGACAUCCAAAUGCACCCCAUGAUGUCAUGACCACAUUUUUUCAUAUCAUUUCGUCCUGACGAGGUCUCAUUAUUUCCCCAAAUGUUCUCUGUCCCAUGAUCUUUCCCCGCGGGAGAUGUUCCUCUUGAAUAGCUUGUGAGCCAAUGUGCAAGAAUGUGGGAAAGGCAUUAUAAACUUAAAAAUAGUAUGGUGAUGAAGAUGAUGAAGAAUGCCUUGACUAAAGCAAUAACUUAUAGGAGAGACCAUAUUUUCAUGCAGGGUGAACGAGGGAUGGAUGGACCACAGGGCAUAAUGGGACCACCUGGAACUGGCAUCCAAGGAAAGCAGGUAAAUGUACCUCAGGAGACUACCUACUUUUGACUAGGUAUUUGGUUGACUUAUGAACAAAUCUGAGAAGGAAUUGUGGAUAUGUGAUUCCUGUUGAGGACGAGGGCAUUAUGCAACCAUAGCCAAGACAGAUUUAUUGAGCCUCUUGGAAGUCAUUGCCCAGUCCUGAUUCACUUCCAUGUUUGGAUUAUGCUUUUAGCAUACAAGUCAUGUGUGAACAGAUCAUGUAGAACACAUAGCCUUUAAAACAACAACAACAACAACAACAACAACAACAACAACAACUGUCACCCUGUUCUUCCAGGUUUAUAAUACAAAAUAUGACAUAAAAGAAAGGCUAGAAUUUAAUAUAAUUUUUAAUGGGGGGGAGAAAUAAGGAAAGUCUUAAAGUUGUGUUGAACUUACAAGUUACCCUGCAUGCCUGUCGGUGUGCACACAAAACCACAAUAUGCUUUUGUGACCUACCUUUCCUUGUGACUAAAGCUUGUAAAGUCACUCCCCUUGGCUUUAUUUUCAGGAUCUCUAGUGUCUAAGGAAGGGCAGUUCUGAUUAACUUCAUACUUUUAUCUCUUUAGGGCAUUCAAGGUCCAAAAGGUGUGCCUGGGGUGAAAGGGUCACGAGGCAUCGGGUUGCCUGGACCAAAGGUAUACAUUGAACUUGGAAUAAAUGCAUUGCAUGAUGGAAAAAAAUCAGAUUCAGUUUCAGAUUUGUCCAUUGCUACACAAAGAUACCAUACACGUGACUGCCUCAUUGUGUUUAUUUGGCCCUUACGAGGACUUGACAUAAAUCUUAGUAAAGUAUAGGUUUUUAAUCAUAUCUGUUUUGAUAAGCCCAUUCUUAUCCACCUAAACCAUCAUAAUGGAUUAGCUUCUGGGUUGCCAUACUCUGAAGAGCAAAAAAAAGGACACAUUUGCCGACAUCUAUUUUUAACUAUGGAUGACAACUCUACCCAUGAAAAAGAGGAUGUGUCCUGGAAAAAGAGGUCAUAUGGCAGCCCUACUAGUAGAAAAUUACAAUUUCUGUGAUCUGCUUCUACAUCUGCAUUUCCAUGACUGACUGAAAAUCAAGAGCUAGGAAGUGUGUGCGCAGAUACUCAUCAGACCAACUUCCUGGUCAAAGAUAAAACAUUUCUUGAAGGAUGUUAUUUGAUGGGAGCAAUGGAAAGAAAACACAGUUCACUCUCUUUUGAGCCACAUUCCAUCCUUGAUCUUUCUGGGAAACGUCCACAAUAUCAGUGGGUGAUCUCAAAGACAUGUACAUGACCACAUUCUGACCAGCACUUAAAGCUUCCCCUCUGUUGUAUUGGAGGAGUGUUCUUGCCUCAAAGCGCACAAUGCCGUGGAACGAUCGCUACAGCUAGGGAUGCAUUAAGGCAGCGGUUUCUGUUCUGACCUGUCUCUGCCAUAAUUAGUUCAGUUUCUGGGAACCACUGCCUUCAGGUAUUUGGAUUCCAAAGGGUGCAGGCCAAAACCAGCACUGUGUUUGGGAUGUGGAAAUGGAUGGGAAGGCAGUGAAGGUGAAAAAGGAGCAGUGUUGUGUGCUCAUGCUAUCUGGACUCAGUUGUGUGCCUGCACUCUUAAGAUCUUCAACAGAGGCUGUUCUUCAGUUGACCCCCUUCAGCGGAUGGGUAUAGCUGAAAGGGCCUACUCAGUGGUAGCACCAAGACUGUGGAAUGCUCUCCCCAGAGAAGCUUGGCACCAUUUUACCUUCAGUCUCUCUCUUGGGGUUUUUAAUUCUGUUGACUGCUUUCAUCAUGAUUUCGUUUGUUUUAUUGUAAGUUUAACUUUUUGUUAGGUGCUCUGAGAACCUGUUGAAGGAAGGGCUGUUGAAUGAGUACACACACACACACCCUACAUUAACAGGAAAUUAGGAGAAAACAUUACUUAGUGUGCUCAAUAUAAAUAUUGUUUUAUAUUGUUCUAAGGGACAAGAGGGUGUGUCUGGACCAAAAGGAGAAGUUGGACCAACAGGAAUUGGACAGCCUGGACCUAAAGUGAGCCUGUUUUGAACACUUGUAUCUAAAUGUUUUGAAACUGCCUUUUUAAAGGAAAUGGAGUUCCAGAGCUUCCUUUCAGAGGUGUGCCUCGCUCCCUGAUAGUUCAGCUUUGUAACACUGAUGGCUGCUUCUUGUGAUACUUUUAGGUAGAGGUACCAGAUUACAACAUAUAUUCCGAUUGCACCAAUUGCUAAUAGCUCAACUAUUAAUAGCAGUGGUAUUUUUGACAAAAUGCGCAGAAGUAUCCAAUGGUGUGUUCCAACUUGUUUGUUUUUUUAACCUCCUUCCAAAGGGAGAACCAGGAAGACCAGGAUUUCCAGGAGAAAGUGGGAAGCCAGGUCUAUCAGGAGCAUCUGGGAAAAAGGUAACACCAUUUUGUUUGUCAGCCGUUUGUCUAAAACAAAAGGUCCAAGUUUGGUUUGCAGUGUACUCACCCUUGACAAACCAUUCGUCAGCAUAAAGACCCGCGCUUUUGGCUUUUGACCUGCGAAAUCUUAUUUGUGCCCCCUGCAGUGGUAUAAAUGGAAGGGGAAUGUGAGGGAGCACAGCUCAUGGCCUUUUCUCAGAGCAAGAAUGACAAUAUCAUCAGUAGGUAUCUGCCAGGUAAUUGGAGGAUAAUUUAGGAAAUUAGCAUACAGUAAGGUAGAGAUUGAGGAAAAUAAUAAAAAAGAGAGGCUUUAUACCAUGUAUUUAUUUACUUACCGCAUCUAUAUCCCACCUUUAUCUCCAAGGAACUCAGGUGGUAUACACGAUUCUCCUCCUCAUUUAAUCCUCACAAGAACCCUGUGAGCUACAGUAGACUGAAAGAAGAUGGUGACUGGCCCAAGGUCACCCAGUGAGCUUCAUAGUCUAGUGGGGAUUUGAACCCUGGUGUUUCAGGUCCUAGUCUGACACUCUAUCCGCUACACCUCACUGGCUCUCAGCUGCUUCCAACGCUACCUAGAGAUGCCUGGGAUUGUGCCUGGGACCAUCUACAUGCAAAACAGAUGCUCUACCCCUGAGCUAUGGCUGUCCUCCAGAUGUCUUGUGCUGCUGAGAUUUUCCUGUUUCAGGUUGUUGUGUUUGCCCUUUGUAUUUUAUUGUAUCUAUAGGAAGUAUCUAAGCUGCACUGGAAAUGCAGCUUACUGAAGGGUGGAGUAUAAAUCAAUAAGGCAAAUAAAUGUUGUGUGAAAAUUAAUAUCCUCUUUUUAUUUUUGUUAGGGGGAACAAGGAUUACCUGGCCCACGAGGCCCAGAGGGAAUUCCUGGAAAGGGCGAGGUGGGUCCAAAGGUAAGAUUGAAUAAAUGUGUUUUAGAAGUGUGAGAGUGAGUGAAGUAAAAUCUCUCUCUCUCAGUGAAGGAAGUUGUAGGACUGGCGCCUUUUAAUCACUAAUAUUCCAUAGUUCAAUUGUUUUCAAUAUUGCUUAUGAAAACAAAACUGGAUAGAGUUCUUGUGGGCUGCAAGUCUUCCCAACUGUGUAGAGAUACACUUAUGCACCCGCACAGAUGGGGAAUUGAACUUGCGAAGUUCACAGGCAGAUGCUUCCACUGCUAUGAUGUCCCUCUGCAUUCCUACCUGCAUUUGUUCUACACACAAUUCAUGUCAGGAAGGGGCUCUAGUUUCAAGUCAGGAAGGGGCUCUAGCUAAAACUACAAGAACUUCCAAGUGUGCACAUCCUUCUGAAAGUUUUUCUUUUUAAUAGCAGAUUUUAUUAAUUGAGAAAAGAAGGGGACUCCAAGAUUUGAAGAAGUAACACAGAACAGGCAGUUAUUAACAAGGCAGGACAUUAAUAAUGAAAUUAAUAUUAGUACACGUUUGUAUAUAUACCAAUACCUGUACAAUAUAUACAAAUAGAAGAUCACAUAAGGAAUGCUGCAAUAAAAACAUCACAGCACCUUCCUUAUCCUUAAAAGUAAGUGGCCCUAAUAAAGAAGAUUCCACAGGGCUGAUUGUGGCAAGCUCUGAUCUGUAGGUUCACCCUAUCUGUACUAAAAACAGGAAGAAUAAAAUUACAAGAUAAUGAAAUAUUAAUAGCAUAUUCUGAAAGUCAACACCAGAAUUUUCGUUGAAAUUAAUGUUCGUCCAGCUGAAAAAGUAGGCUGCUUUUUCCUCCUGGAGACUCUUUAAUGAAAUACUGGGCAAAGGCAUUAAUCUAGAAGUUUGACCUCAUGGUCUGUUGUUUCUGGAGCUCCUUCUGUCCCUCCACUCUUAUCUGGGACCAUGGCACUCAUCAGUAUGUGACCAUUGUGUGGUGACAGCUCAGAAACACUUCACUUGCAGUUGUCCAGCAGCUGAAUGGCAGAUUUCAUAUGAAAACCCAAAGGAAACUGUGUUGGCCAAUAAGAACCCCACCCCCCAUUUUGCAGACCUGCCCUAAAAAAAAGAAUUCAUGGAUAGAAUUGAUAGUUAACCACUUCAGGGCCCAUCAAUUAUCAAUUUUCAUUUUAGAUAUUCUAAAAAAACCCCCAUAAAUAUAUGUUGGAUGGAAAUAGCUUUGUGCCACAGUUUAUUUUAUUUAUUUUAUUAAUUAGGGUGAAGAGGGACAAAGAGGAGCAAAAGGAAAUGAUGGUCAAAGAGGUUUGCCAGGUGAUCCAGGACCAAAGGUGUGUUACUUUCAUUUCUGUGUUUCUUCUCUGUGUGUGGGUUCUGUCUGCUAAGAGCCUGUCUGUGUGCAGGGCAUCAAAUGCAAUUCAUAUAACACACCUGACUUCCAUAGUCCAUGUUGCAGAAGCUAGUGCUCAACUAUCUCCGCCACAGGUGGGAAAGACUUUUCAGCUCAAGGGCUGCAUCCCCUUCUAGGAGAACUUCCUAGGGCCACAGGUCAUGUACACAUUAUAACCAGGCAGAAAUACUCAGGGAGGAUGCAAGUCAGAGCCAGUGAAGGGGGUGGCCUUGGGAGAAGGGGGGUGGCCUUGGGCAGAGUCCUGAGGAUUAGACGGAGAGGCCUGAGGGCCUGCAUUCAAUGCUCAGGCCUGAGACUCCCCAUUCCUGGACCUGGCAGCUGAUUGGUAUGAAGGAGGGACAAACAGCGUGGGCAGAGAGGUCCUUGGUCUUAGCUGAUUUCCAAAUGAAGACAAGGAACCUGACUUCUCCACAAUCACAAGCACCAGAGGGAGAGCACAGGCUACGUCACCGAAGACGCAUCCCGCUGAAAUUAAAAUCAGCAGAAAGGAAACAAAAUGAUAGAAUAGUUGCUAGAUUGUAGCUAUCCUGAAAAACGCUAUGAUCGAGAUGAAGAGCAAUUGUUGUGGGUCCAAAACCUUAAUUCAGAAAACUGAGAUGAUCCUUGAAGUCCUUUCUAAUGAAUUCAGGAACCAAUUAUGGAUAUCCAAUCAUCAUUUUGCAGCUAGGCAAAAUGUUUUAGGAUCCUCUUGAAAGCCAGUACUUUAGGACUCCUUGUCAUUGUGUGAAUAUGUUGCUGAUAAUAUAGACAUGCAUUGAUUAUAUAUUUCUUCUGCAGGGUGAAUCUGGUAUCAAAGGUUCAGUUGGUAGCCCUGGACCUUCCAUUCGUGGGCUUCCUGGCCCCAAGGUAAAUGACGCCAAAAAGCAAAGUGGAGCACCCGAUCCUGGUACUUUCCUCCAAAAUUGUGCGAUCCUUUAAUAAAGAUGUGUUCUUUUGUGUGUAUGUUUAGGGGGAGCAAGGAUAUGCAGGACCUCCCGGGAGCGAUGGAAACCCUGGAAAUUCAAUCAUGGGACCUCAGGUGUGCAGUUUUAAUAAAAUAAAAUAUUGGCAAUAUGAUUCGAUAUGACCACAUACAAAGAAGUAGAAAGAAAUACUAAAUUGGGUGUUUUUAGGCUUGUUGGGCAGGAUCAGGGCUGGUUAAAGACAUGCUGAAGCCCUAAGCCUCAAAUUACUGGCUGGGGUUCCAUUUAGAUCACAUAUCACCUCUGUUUUGAAACAUUGGCUGACAGCUUGUUUGGGGCCCAAUUCAAGGUGCUCACAUUAGUGUUUAAAGCCCUAAAUGACUCAGGCCCCAAAUGUCCCCCCUCCUCUGCCUACAGACCUUCUCAAGUGUUAAGAUUGGCAGAGGGGGCCUUUUUGGUAGUUCCGUCACCCUCAGGAAUUUGGGGUGGUGGUGACCCAGAAGAGGGCAUUCUUUGUAGCAGCCUCUAAGUUAUGGAGCUUCCUCCCUACAGAGGUGCAUCCGGCCACUUCAUUAUACAGUUUUUGGCAAAAAGAUGCAUCUCUUUAUCCUGGCUUUUGACACCUGGAAUGUGUAUUUUCAGGACCCACCUUAUUUGUUGCAAUACCAUUUUUUGUAUUUGUACAUUUUUGAAUCGUUUUUAAUUUUGUGUUUUAAAUUGUUGUAACCCGUCCUGGGGCCUUAGGGUGAAGGGUAAGUAAUAAAAUAAUAGUGAUAUCAAGCUUAAGUGGCCCUCUUUAUUCAGUAAUCAAAUGUUAUCAUGUCAGCAGUAAUCUGAAGUCAUAUCCAACCAAGUGCAAUGGAUUUAUAAUAGCAAGCUGCCAUCUGAGUCUUUGUUGCAAUUCAUUGUAAAAUAUUUUGAUUACCCAAUACAGUUGUACAUCGGAAGUCGAACAGAAUCCAUUCCGGAAGUCUGUUCGACUUCCAAAACAUUCAGAAACCAAGGCGUGGCUUCCAAUUGGCUGCAGGAAGCUCCUGCAGCCAAUCGGAAGCCACACCGGACAUUCGGCUUCCAAAGAACAUUCGCAAACCAGAACACUCACUUCCGGGUUUGCAGCGUUCAGGAGCCAAAACGUACAAGUGCCAAGGCGUUCGGCUUCCAAGGUACAACUGUAAAGUUAUUUUUUUAAAAAAAACAAAACAUUGUAAACACUUGCAUUUUAAAUCCAAAGACACAUUUAGCGGCAUGUCUAGUCUGGCCUUCAGAAAUCCCAGGAGGUAGAGGAGUGGAAACACUUUGGUUAACCACAUAUUAGGCAGCUAGAGAUUGCAGAUUUCUUAUAGUUACAGGCACCAGGAAGGAAAAUUGUAAGCUGCUAUUCCAUGGGCCCUGGUCAUCCCAACCUGCCCAAAGAUGGGGACUUGUUUUUAUUUAAGUACAUUAUGUUUUGGGUCAGGAGAAAAGUGUCCAUAUUUCAGAUGUGGUUUAUAUUAUUUAUUUCUAGUAAAUAUGGGUUGAUGUAUUCACUCCAGGAAAUGAAAGAUAGAAACAGAUAAAUUAUGAUGGCAAUAAUCUUGACAUGCUAGUUUUAUAUGUACACAGAUUUAUUUAUUUUUUUAAACAUACUUAGGGGAGCAUUCAGACACCCUUAGUCUGAUAUGCCACAGUCCAUCAAUUGAUGUAAGCCUUUCGAUGGUGUGGAUGUCAGAUUUAAGAUAUUGUGUAAUGAAUAUGCAGCAAUACUUACUCCUUCUAAAAUUAGGAGGAAUAUGUGGGACAAAAUCCUCAGUUCAUAAGAGAAGGGUAUUGUUAUCCUAUUUUGGUUGUUCACAAAGUGAGAACAUCUGUUUGGCAACUCUUCCCAGUGCAGGAAUUUGGAAGUCAAAAUAGAGACAAGACCCCUUGCCCCUGAUUUCCUUCGUUAUUGAAAUAAUUAAUGGGGAAACUACUUGAUAUUUUAAAACACUGGCAACAAACCAGAGGAAUCCUUUAGGCACACCCUGAGGACUCAGACAUGUCCAGCAUGACUUCUGCUCCUCCCGUCUUCUUGGAAGAGGAGCUUGCCUUGCACUAUAUCGUAUACCACUUCUGAAUUUCCCCAAGCGUGGCAUGCGGUUCAUUGUGGCAUGUGGUGCAGUUCUCAAGUAUUGCCAGUUCUCAGACUUGCAAAUUAGCUGUCAAUGUCCAGACCACAAACACUUUCCCUGGUAGUAUUCUGCCCGAUGAGCAACAGCUCCCACCUUCCCCCCUGCGUCCUUUUCAAUCAGAAGUACAACAGGAAGGUGAAGCUUCUCUGUCCCGGGCAUAAUCUAUGCAUGCUGUGACAUGGCAGGCUGCCAGUUUUGCCUUCUCACAUGCCGACAUUGAAGUCUGGCAACAUUAAAAGUUAAUAAUAUGAUGUUUAGAUAAUUUAUAUUGAUGUUGAUUAUUUGUCUUCAGGGUUCUCCAGGCUUACCGGGGCCACCUGGACUUCCUGGAGCAAAGGGGGAUGGUUUUCCGGGUGCACCAGUAAGUGUAAUUUCACCACUAAUUUGUGAUAGGUAAGAGGUAAAAGGUAAAUGGUUAGAACAGUACAGUGUCCUCAGUGUCCUGAAGCGUCACACCUUGCCUCCUUGGGGAUCUCAAGUGCCUUCAGAGCUCCAGCACGCCUCUUAGGUUCAUAGUGACCAGAAGAAUCUCUCCCCCUUUCUUUUCUUUUUAAAAUAUUUUUUCCUUUAUUAUACAUAAACAAUGUGAUACAAUACAUACAAUACAUACCAUACAAUACAUGCAUACCUGCAAAACAUACAUUACCUACAUACCUACCCAACAUAAAUACACCAUCAGUGUUUGACUUACGACUGUUCUCAUUGUGCUAUUUUGCAAUUUAUUAAUCCAUACGCAUUUCAUUUUUGUUUGUUCUAUUUUUCUAAACGAAUUUUAUUAUGUGUUUUCUCUGCUUUUUAGAUUCAUUCUAUGUCUGUCAGGAGAUCCACCUUAUCCGUAUAGUUUUUGAGAUAUUCUUUAAAUAUCAUCCAUUCCUUGUUAAUUUUUUGUAUAGUGUUUCCUCUUAGUCUCCCUGUUAACUUUGCAAUAUGUAAAUAUUCAAUCGUUUUUGCUAACCAGUCUGUUUUUGUGAGGACAUUGUUACUUUUCCAGUCUCUCCCCCCUUCAAGGUUAGCGCUCUUCUCUGCCCUUGACACAAUAUUAGGCUGGUUUAUUUAUGUUUCUGCCACUUAGCCCACCACUGGGGAUAUUCUGCCCCCAGCUUUAGGUAUCUCCUUCCUCUCUUAUCUUAUGUAUUGAAAUUGGUUUUAUGUUUUGAUUAGAUCUUAUCGGUGUUUUACUUGCCUUGUUUUUAUGCUGUUCAAUUUCUGUUAUUGCUGUUUUGUUUUACUAAAUGCAUUUGUUUUAAUAUGGUUUUGCCACCCUGAUGGAAAGGUAGGAUACAAUUUUAACAACAAAUUAAAAUAAAUAAAUAAAUGCACGUUGUUGUUUUUUAAAUGAAGAAAUAAAAGCUUCUAGAUGGAGGCCAAAAUCCCGUUAUUUGUACAUCCUUCGGUUCUGUGAGACUAACCAGCCUGUAUUUUUCUGACGUCGUUCUAGGGACCUCAGGGAAUGCCUGGCCUUCAGGGACCAAGAGGUCUUAAAGGAGCAGGGGACCCUGGCCAAAAGGUACUCAUGCUAAAGUAACACCUAUAAUUUUAAUAGAUAACUCUGUCAUUAAAAGCAUGAAAAGAGAGCCAGUGUGGUGUAGUGGUUAAGAGCAGUAGUCUCGUAAUCUGGGGAACCGGGUUCGCGUCUCCGCGUCUCCGCUCCUCCACAUGCAGCUGCUGAGUGACCUUGGGCUAGUCACACUUCUCUGAAGUCUCUCAGCCCCACUCACCUCACAGAGUGUUUGUUGUGGGGGAGGAAGGGAAAGGAGAAUGUUAGCCGCUUUGAGACUACUUCGGGUAGUGAUAAAGCGGGAUAUCAAAUCCAAACUCUUCUUCUUCAAACAAAUUCUAUGCACUGUUUCCCUCCAUAUUGAGGAGAAUGUUCUUGUGCUUGGAUGCUUGUAGGUUUCCCACAGGCAUCUGGUUGGCCUCUGUGAGAACAGGACGCUGGACUAGAUAGGCCAUUGGCUGAUCCAGCAGGUUCUUUUUGUAUUCUAUUUCCUCGGAAAUGAACAUAAAUCACAGUUUCUUCUUGAUCGAUAACAUAAGUUUUAUAAAGUUGACAGAAUCCAUCUUGACGUAGCCCUUUAAGUGUUAACAGAAGUUAGACCUCUGGCACAACGUUUGUUUAUUUGCUUAUGUCAAGCUGCCAUUUGGGGUAAUGACCCACCCAAUGUGACUAGCUUGCAUUUCAAAAAUAAAUAAAUAAAUAAAAAUCUAUACCAACUCUCAGAAAUCAGCAAUUUAAGACUAGCAGCAGUACAGCAAGUGUUUUCAAAGCAUAGGCCAUGUUUUCUUUUUAAAAUAGAGAAAACAGAAAAACAAAAAUGCUGUCCUCUUACCUGUGGGUGUUUAAAGAAAAGCUGAAAUUAAGGAAAGGUGGCCCCAAAUAAAUGGCUUUUUGAACGCUACUUUAAAGUUUGAAGAGUCUAUAGAAACUCUGUGUGAAAUAUUUAUGUGUGCUUGUCUAAAUCUGCCCACUUUCAAUCAGUCCUCUGCUUUAACAAUGUAAAAAUCUGCUGUUGCCUUCUGCUGCCCAAUUUACAUAGGGAAAUCAAAACCUGUCACAGCUGAGCCAUUGAAUAAAAUGCACAUUUCAGUAUGUCUUGAGCUCUUUGGUGGCUGCCCUCAAGGCUGCUAAACACUUCUGUCCCCAUGUGAACAAAACAGCACAGGAAUUUGUCAAAACAAACAGAUAAAUCACUUAUAGUACUCUGGAGCAUAUUCUGGCAAUGGCAAACCAGUUUGGUAUUAUCCUAGUAAAUAGAAGAGAGAGAAAGAGAGCGCGAGUGAGCGCUUCCUACAUUCCAUGGUUGUCAUAUGAGCAUUCUUAUAAAAUCAUUCCAUUUGCAGAAUUAGAGCUAUUAAAAAUUAGAUGCAGCAAAAGUUCUGCUGCUUUUUUCUCCUGAGGAAUGCAGUGUGCUAGGGACUCUGCCUCUCUGUUCUGCUCACCGUUCCUCCUUCCUGCUCCUCCUCACUCCACUUCCCUGUGGUAACCCUCUAGACCAGUGAUGGCCAAACUUGGCCCUCCAGCUGUUUUGGGACUACAACUCCCACCAUCCCUAGCUAACAGGCCUAGUGGUCAGGGAUUAUGGGAAUUGUAGUCCCAAAACAGCUGGAGGGCCAAAUUUGGCCGCCACUUCUCUAGACCAUGGUGGGGGGGACUUCUUGACUCCAUGGGCCAGUUCCUUAUCGAGACCCCUGAAUAUUUGUACCCAAGAAGCUGAAAAUAAUCCACGUUUAUUAAAUAAGAGACACAACCUGUGCUUCAGUGGCCUCAUUCUUUCAGACAAAUCCUUGAAGCCGCAGCUAUUAUGGAUCCCUGCACAAACUGUAAGAAGGAACAGUUUGUGUGGUGGAAAAUAAUCUCACAUAUUGGCUUUAAUGCAGUUAUGCAAAUAAUGCCUUUUACCCCUGUCCAGGGGCUGACACAGGUAUAGCCAUUGAUGCACGAGGCCUACAAGCAGAACCUGAGCAUUCUCCCCAACUAUGAUUUCUUGCAAUUUGUAUUCAGAGCCAUUGUCGGGCAUCAGGGGACUCCGACCCGCCCCCCCCAACAGUAGGUUGCCAGGAACAGAUAAACAAGGAGAGUUCUUACCAAUGUCUUAUAUUCAAUAUUCACAGAGAGAGGCUUAGAAAAGCUGUCUCUUGGAGUAACGGCAUUGCUCUGAGUAAUCUCCACACGACUUCUCUCCUCAAUUGUCAACAGUACCACCCAGCUUAUGGUGGCCGCUUAGGGCCAUUUGCCUCCGAGCCCUUUGCUCUCCUACUUUCAGUGCUUGCCUGGUUCUGGGAGAACGGGGGUGGUGGUGGUCUGGGAUGCUUUCUAGUGAUAACGUGUCAGCCAGCUGCUCCCGCUCUGCUUCCCCCUCUCCCAUUACUUCCCAACUUUUCCCCUCAUCUGCCUCUGAGCUGUGACCUCCCACAAACCCCUGUUGUAAAUCUAUACUGUCUUCCUCUUCUCUGGAAGGCCCUGGCUGCGGAGACGGUCUCCACCAUUCCUACUCUGUCCAGUCCCUGACAGCCAUAUUGCCUCUGCCAGUGGAGGUGGAACACAGCUAUUGCGGUUAGAAGCCAUUAGUGGCCUUGUCCUCCUCCAUGACUCUGCCUAAUGUUCUUUUAAAGUCCUCGCAAGUUGGUGGCCAUUACUGUCUCCUGUGGGAAGGAGUUCCAUGAGGAAGCGCAUUCUUUUAUCUGUCCCAAAUCGUCCCAGAUCCAGCUUCAUUACUGGUUACUGAGAUAAUAUUUGGAAAUGUAGUAUAGAAACUGUUCCGGCUAUUGUUUUCCUUCUCACAGAGGUUUGGUAGCCACUUUCAUUGUCAUUUAUUUUCCGUAUUAUUGAGGUAUCGAAAACACACACACACAGAGCGACCAGUAGGACUUGGUUUCCCGCUCCGAUCCUUCUUCUGUACUGCUCUAAUUUCCUCUAUUUUUUAAUAAAAAAACGAACAGCUUUGUUUAACCGAAGAGCCCCCUAUAAACACAUUUACAUACAAGUUGGAAUUCCACUAAGUAUCACUCCGUAAGAAUGUUCCCUCAAUCUCAAUUGGAGCUCUGUUCUUUGGGCUUGAGAGAUGGCUCACAUAUGCAGGCAGCAGAAAGGAGGAAUUUGGUGAAACAGAAGCCCGAUUCAAUCAAAACCGCCUGUGGGAUGCGGGAACACUAUAGGCAUGACUUUCUUGUUGUGUAUAGGAUAGACAUGAAGGGCAAAGGAGCAGGCUGUAAUCACAACAACUGAGUAUAUAUAUAAAAGGCAUGCAAAUUGUAAAGCCACAGCCUUGAUACCACAACAGUGGGAAUAGCCUACCCUAGCAUUUUUACUGAAGAACCAGAGCCAAAGCUUUUUUGGGGGGAGGGUAACCCACCAACAGUGGUCUCUGGGGGCAAGGUAGAGCCAGCUGCAGGAAGCGUAUCAUGUUAAGAUCCUGGCCUAUCAAACAUAGGCUCAACUCCAGUAAAGAGCUGAGUGUCUGUUCCUCGCCCCAGGCGUCUUAAUUGAUCUCACACACGGUCACUGCCUGUUAGCUCAAUUUCAGCUGACUGCAUUUUCUUCCUCCCUCGCCCUUUUUAAUUAAGAAAAAAUAAGUAUGCAGAAAAAUUCCUGCGCUUCAAAAAAACAAAAACAAAGCGAAAAGCCCAGCAUGGUAACUCGUUGUAUAUCUUUGGAUCCAUUUCAAAAGAUAUACAUAAUACUUCCCUUAUAUAGAGUUGUUUCCAACCCAUAUCAUUCCUUAAAUUUAUGAUUCAUGUGCAGUCGCUCGGAGAACCUUACCCUUGUGUUUCACAGUAGUGGAACAAUUUAAAAACAAAUGCACCAGAGGUCACAGAGUUAAUCGAGAGGAGCAGAAAAAUAACACAUACACCCCUGUCUAUAUAAUAUAUAUGCAAUGUUUAAUGUUUGAUUUCACACCAAUUUAGACUACGUAUCACAUAAUAACUAUGAUUAGCUGCAAAACAAGUCAACUUCAAAUCACGGGCUAUGAAACUUUCUUGUUGAAACUAACCAUAGUGCUAAACCACAGCCACUGGUUCAGAUGACUCCAGAAGGCAUUGUUAAUUAAAAAACUGAAAGAAAAGCUUCUGAUUCCUCAUCCACCCUGCCCUUGGACACACAGGGGAGAAAAGAGGGGUGUGUGAGCUUGGGAGGAGAAUAGGCCCAUUCAUGUAGCUCUAAGUCUGUGGUUCUUCAGAUGAUAUAGGUCUCCAGCUCCCAUUAUCCUCAUCCAUCAUGGUCAAUGGUCAGGAAUGAUGGGAGCUGCAGUUAAGCAAUAGUCCUCCUGGGGCGCAAUGGGUCAGUGCUCCUGGCUCUUAACCUAAAGGUUGGUGGUUUGAGCCCACCCAGGGCCGGCUGUGGACAGGAUUCUUGCAUUACAGGGGAUUGGACUAGAUUACCCUUAGAGUCCCUUCCAACGCUGGAAUCCCCACCUUUGACCAUGCAGAUGUUGUCAAACUACAAAUCCCGUCAUCCCUGACCCUUGGUCAUGUUGGCUUCUGGGUGUUGGAGCCAAACAACAUUUGGAGGACCAUAGAGUCCCCAUCUCCGCUCUAAACCGUGGUUUAGCUCCAAACUCCCAGAAGCCCCAGCCGGCACUCAGGUCCUGCUUACAGGUUUCCCAUCUGCUUGGCCAGCAUGAGAACAUAAUGCUGGACUAGAUAGGUCUUUGGCCUGAUCCAGAAGGGAUUGCUGGUUUAGCAACAUGUCUAAACUGUAUCUAAGUAUUUACAGUAAAUGUUUUGAACAGCCUGUCUUUGAAAUGGUUAAGAGGAGAAACAUUUGCUUGCAGUAGUCCUGUGAAUUAAAGUUAAAGCAGCCUGGUCCUAUUCAGGUUUACCUGAAAUUAAGUGAGUGAGUUCAGAGGGGCAUAAUAAUAAUAAUAAUUAAACAACAACAACAACAAUUUUAUUAUUUAUACCCCACCCAUCUGGCUGGGUUUCCCAAGUAGCCUGCAAUCCAGUUAAAUCACAAUGUUUUCGGUGAAUAAAUCAGAAAAGCUGGGGGGGGGGGGGAGAUACAAAUUCAACUCAUCCACAGAUACCAAAAGGCCCAGACAGAAAUUGACCCGUCCUUUGGCACCACCUGCUGGUAGCACAUGGAAUCAAUGUGCCUCUCAAUGUGCAAAUAAUAACUGCUCGGGGGAUGGGGUUGGAGCAAUGCCACCAUGAAAAAAAAAGGAUUUGACACUUCAUGUCCCCACACUUCAUCUCCCCCUCCCCAGUCCAAAUGGGAACAUGCCACAGCUGCUUUCAGAUGUUUUCCAGUUACAGAUCUAUAACAUGUAGUUUGGCCCCAUCUUUAGCAUUCAGGAUCAACCAUGCAAGCCUACACGUGUGUGAUCCACGGUAAAAUCCUCUGAGUUUAAUAGGACUUAUUCCCAAGUAAGAUUGUUGAGUUUUUUUAAGGACUGCUGCAGCUCUAAUCUUCAUGAUCUUUUCACAGUCUGAUCCACAAACCAGUCAAACAGGCUUCUCAGAUUUAAGCGUUGAAGUCCCAGCAUUCCAGCCCUGAAAGCUUCUCCAUUAACUAGUUUUUGAAGGUUGGGCUGCCCCCUCUCUAAUAUCACAGACGUCUCCUCCCCCUAAACAAACCACAGUUGUACGCAAAUUGUCAAACAGACCUUUGUCCUUUAGGGAUUUCACCAAGAUCAAGUUGCCUCUCAGCCAUCUGUCAACAGCUGUCCUAUUAUUUAAAUCUCUGGCAACUUUGUUAGACAUUUCUCCAUGAUGUGUUUGAAUUGUUAAACCUUUAAGUGCUGUGCUGGUUAGAAACUCUGUGGGAGAAGAAGGUUGCUCCAAAUAACAGUUCUGGCAGCUUUCCCCAUCAUUCAGAGAAUCAGAGAGAACUUCGUGAAGACCUCCCUCCACACUCCUCAAUAUUUACCUGCUCCGAAUUGCCUCCUUCUCUGGCAGGAGGGGAGAGAGAACAUGGAGACCAUCUCUUAUUUAUUUAUACAAACAUCUUCCCCUGUGCUGUUUUUCUAGUAAAAGAGGUGCUGGAACUCACCGUGAAUGCCUCUCUUGUUCUCUUAUAAUGGCAAUGGAGUCCACCAGAAAAAAGCCCUCCUCUUCACCCAUAUUUUUCUUAUUUAUUGCAUUCAUUUCCCACCUUUGCUCCAGGGAGCUCAAUUUAGCAUCCAUGGCUCUCCCGCUCUCUACGUUAUCCUCCCACAACCCUGUGAACAGUGACAGAUUUACGUAUAAGCUAAACAAGCUAUAGCUUAGGGCCCCACUCUCUUGGGGGCCCAAAAAAAAUUUAAAGGAAAAAAACCUGGAUGUACAUUUCCAAAAUAUAAGAACAAAACCAAACAAAAUAAAACCUACAUACAGCAAUAGUGUUUUGUGUUGUGUAGGUCCAUAAAUUACCAUAUAGCAUAUAUUCAACACAAAGAACAGUGACAAUUUGUUGUUGACAAAGCACAGCUGGACAUAUAAAGAGCCCCAUUACCUUCAGGAGCUUGGGGCCUCAUCAAACCUAAAUCCAGCCCUGCUUGAGAGGUAGGUUAGGUUAAGUGUUGAUGACUGGUUCAAGGUGACCCGGUGAACUCUGGUCUCCAAGGUUACACAAGCAUUAAAAGAAAUGGGGGGGGGCACCAUAAUUAAACAGACUGUAAAACAAUCUCAUUAACAAAAAACCCCAUAGCAAUUAAAAACAGGUUGAGAGAUCAAGUGCAAUAUUCAAAAGCCAGCCCAGUGUCUAUAGAGACAUUGUGUUUUGCAACACCGGUGGCCCCAGUAAAAAAAAGUCUGCCUUUGAGUUGCCCCAGGCCGCUGAUCCUUGGACUUGGGCAAGGAUAACCUACUCCAACCCUGAUAUCUUUAUCCCAAGGCUUUCUCUGGGUGCCCAAGCCAAAUGAGGCUGCUUGUGAAAGGGGCAUCUCAGUGGCUGUGUGUCUCAACUGCAGAAUGCUCUUCCUAACUUUAAAGCCUUUUUGCCACCACAUGUUAAAUGUCUUUUGUUUUCCAAGACCUUUUUGAAUUUUGUUGUAGCUCCCCUGGCUCUGCGGCUUUGAUUCUCUGCUCUUUGGUUUGGGUGUGAGUUUAAAUAUUCUUUUAAAAUAAAUAAAGAAAAAGCCUUAAUUGGGAAUUGCUUUAAUGGUGCUUUACAUUUUACUGUAUUGUGCAUUUUCUAUUCUGUGGGCUGCCCUGAGAAUGCAUGUAAAUAAAUUAAUAGCACAUGUAAUGUAGCCUUUAGGUAUUGAUAUCUAUGGGAAGCUUGUCGGCUUUUAAGUUGGAACAUCCUCAGCUAUGAUUUGUUUUGAAAACAGGCUUGUUCAUAAAAAUCUGUGGAUGUGAUACCUGUGUUGAACCUCUUCCUUUUUGUCUUUCUUUACUUUAGGGAGAACCAGGAGCAAGAGGAUCCCCGGGGCCUCCUGGUCAAAGAGGAAUAGGAAUACCUGGGCCCAAGGUUAGCAAGUAUCUCUGCACAGUCUAGCAGAGGGAUUGGGAAUAUGCAGUGUGGCCCUCCAGAUAUUGUUUGACUACAAUUCCCAUCUUCCCUGACCACUGUCUGUGCUUCUUGGGGCUGAUGGGAGUUGGAGUCCAACAACAUCUGUAGGUACCACAGGUUCUCUUCCCCUGAUCUAGAAGUUCCUGCCCCUUAUAUAUUUAAGUUAAACAUGAUAGCCACCUUUCUUGGAAUGCUUUGGAGCUAACUUACAUUCAAUAUCUUAGCAGCUGCUGCUUCUUUUUUGCCUAUUUUAAUCUUAACGGGUUUGCGAAUGCCUUGCAAAAGAAGCACUUCUUUCUAUAUUGUUGCAUUUUGUGGCCGAAUUGUUAGAUGCAGUGCACCCAGCAAAGGAAUGCAGUGUUGCCUUUGUUUGGGGGUUAGUUGCAAAAGAAUGCUACUGAUCCUAGGCUCUUAAUAACAGGGACUGAGUGGUUCACUCCAGCCAUCAGGCUCUUUUUCGCCCGAGACUUCAGGUGACUGCUGUGGAUGUACAUUUGCUUACCUUAUGGAGCAAAGGAUAAGCGCUUGCACAUAGAGAAUCAGCACGUCAGGGGGAAGGGUUCAGCCUGUCUUCUUUCUGUGUGUGGGGAGUUGCUUUGUUUUUCAAAUGUGUAUCCCAAGCCUGAAAUGGUAUAGUCAAGACAGCUUUGUCAUUUAAUUCGGCUGGCUGUUGAACGUGACCAAGGGCAGAGAGAAGGGGAAAUAGGUGGGAUUGUGCUAUCAGCUUCCUUACUCCCUAAACACUUCCAUGGCUGCCCUUAUUCGGCCGGCCUCUUACUCCAGCCUUUGAAUUACCUGGAGUGACCUCAAUAGGCCUUAUUUCUGAGUUGCAGUAGGGGUGAAGAAUUGAAUUUGUUUGCAUUUUAAUGAGAAACCCAUUUAAUCCACACUUUUUGAACCAAUACGUGAACCGAAACAUAGCUGUCCUUUGAAAUUUGUACUUCUCUGAAUUUUUCAGUGCAGUUUUCCAACCAACCAAUGCGUGCAAGAAUACAUACAUUACUGGAUGGCAUGCAUAAAGAGACAUCUAUUCAGGAAAAUGACUUACAAAUGAAUUACGUUAGUGGGAAUUGCUUUGCAAAAGUGUAUACAUUAGUCAAAACUGCAUGUGAAAUUUCAUUGAUUAGGAGAAAUUGCACUAAGAUGCCGAUGGGUUUUCACAAGGAUUUCUUUUUUUAAAAAAGAAAAAAGCCAAUUGCCAAAGAACUGAAAUUAAGAUGGGAAAGAAGGAGAAGCUGCAAGAAACUGAAAUCAAUCAAUUUGUCCAUCCCUGUUUCUGAGUAGACAUGUAUAGGAAUGCACUUAAGUGCCCCCAAGCAGUUACAAAGGCUCAUAUAUGUAAUUCUUUUCACAGUUUCCAGCAUUUGGAAAAGGCAGAGACAGGCACAAAACUUUACAUGGCACUAUACAAUUCUGACUUCUUCCUGGAGUUGUCUUAAACUACUCCCCCCCCCCCUUAAUCUGAGACAAUUUUAUUUCCUUUUUUUUUUUUAAAAAAUUAGGGUGUUAUUGGACAAAAAGGUCUGCCAGGGCCACAGGGUCCUCCUGGAGAUAGUAUACAAGGAAUUAAGGUAAGAAUGUAGGUGCUGACAUAAGUUUUUUUGCAAAUGACUCCCCCUGCCCUGUCUUCAUUACACAGUUGUUUCAUGGAACUAUUUAUGUUGCUGCUUAAGAUGGGAAAGAAACCCCAAAAACCUAAAUUUUAAAUGUCCACUUGGUUGACAGACAGUAGUUUCUUAACUGAGUGCCAGCCCUGUUGGAGUGAAAAGAUCAGGCCUUUAAAACUCUACCCUGAUCGAGGACAGAAAUUUAUUCUGGAAGAACUGAUGAACUGUGGAUGUACGAUACCCUGGACUUUCCCCUUCCAUGGAAGUGAAAUAACUGAGUAAAUACUGUUUGCUCUAACAAAUUAAAAGGCCGUCAUGUUGUGUCAGGGUAUUCUAGCAGUGACAUAUCUUUUAAACUAGAAUUUUAGUUUUGGCCUUUAGAACCUGAUGACAUCACACACAGAGAGAGAGACACACACCUGCUGUCAUCCAGACUAGGCAAUUACUUAUACCAAAGCUAUAAAUAUCUGGAAAAAUGUUGAGCUGGGAGAUAACAGAAAUCACUGGGUUAAAGUUGACUGAAAGUGCAAAGGUGCCAUUAUUAUCAAUUUACGAUGGGGUGGAAGGUUCGCAGGCUAUGAAGGACUUGCUCACAGUUUUAUUGACAGCUGCAUGAAUUAUGAUAGCUAGGGAAGUGGAAGGGGCAAGCAGAAUAUAAAAUGGAGGAAUGGUAUAAAGAGGUGUAGCUAUUAAUGAUAAAUUGACAUGUGCCAUUAAGGUAAGAUGGGGAAUAUGUAGGAGAAAUGAUUUCGAUAUGGAAGGUGUUUGUAGAAUUUGUAAAACGGAAAGGGGUCAAACCAUAGCAAGAGGUGUUGAAAUUUUGGAAGGUUGGGUAGUUACAAUGGAAUGGUCUCAGUGGUGGGGUGCAUAUUUUUAUUCUUAUUUAUUUAUGAUUAUUACUUUGUCAAAAUAAAACAAAAACAAAACAAAACAAAUGUUGAGCUGGAUCCUUCCCACAAGAAUCUGACUUAGAGCAACGCAUUUUAAAAACACUUUCCCAUUUAUGUGAACCUCAGUGAGGGCGCAGAACACGGCUUGUGAGGGGCGUGGUCUGGGGAGGGGGUGUGGCCUGGAGGAGAGUCCCAAAUGUUGAAUGAAUGGAGAAUCCAGGAGAGACUCCUCUGAGGCAAUUCAAAAUUUAGAAAGCAAGUGUGUUGUCACCUACAAAAAUGUCAUCAUUCCUUAUAUGGCCACAGAGAUGUCAGGAAUGUGACACUUCUUGCGUAUGUAAAGCUCCAGGUCUUAUGGUUUGGAUGGCUAAGAGUAGUGGUUCUAAAUAUUUUUUUGGGCCACUGUUCCCUUGGCUCCAUAAACUCAUCCCCAGUGCCCCUUGCCCUAUAAAGAGCAUUAUUCACAAUAGUGGUUGAAUCACGAUGCACUAAGAAACGUGAUUACACAGCAGCAUUAAAAACAGUUACAAUUAGUUGCACAUUUAUUCAAAAUCAAAUGUAGCUUGAGUCAACAAAAUUGAUAAACUUGAUACAGCGAUGCCAGCUUUUCAAAGCCUGAUAGUCAUUGACACCUCCAGUGGCCGCUCAGGUUUGGGAACACUGGCUUAGAGCCAUAGAGUGGAAAACUGUUUCCCAUCAUGUGAAGCUGUCUCACAAGAGGAGCAUCUGUGUAUUAGGUCUCUGGGUCAUGUAAGUAAACCCUGUGGCUGAGUAAUAUUGGUGGCCGCUUAAGCUGAGCAGCUGAGCCCUGGGGAUGCUUUUGGGCCACAUUUAACAUAACUGUUCCAUAUGGAAGUGACAGGAAAGCUGCUCUGCUCAAAGGGAUAAGACGGCUGGCUAAGCAUCUGUCAGUGGAUUUCCUGCAUGCUUGUUUCCUGUAUCUUUAAUAAAUGUCCAUAUGGGUAUAGCCAAAUACAAUCCUUGCAGACAGUUCUGCAUUCAAACAGAAAACGACCUAAAUAACUGAGGGAACAGUACUUUGCCUGCAGCUGCUAAAUGUUAUGGUCUUUUUACAAAGGCUAUUUCUAAGCAAAUCUCUAUGUUGUUUUUAGGGAGAUCGGGGUGUUCAAGGCUUGCCAGGACAAAAAGGCUCUGUGGGGGUUGGACUACCCGGGUCUAAGGUAAGAGAGUUACCCAUCUAGCUAUUUUUUUUUUAAAAAAAAUCAGUUUUUAUUAAAAGUUUUCAACAUAAAAACUUAAUAAAGAAGGAAACAAACAAACAAACAAUAUGAACAUAUCCCCCUCCCCCGGUUAUUUACCUAUGCAAAGCAGUAGCCAUGUUGUAUCUUAUUAUUAGGGGGAUUCUGGAGAGAAAGGAGACCAGGGAAAGAGAGGUAACAAAGGAGAGAUUGGAGAACCUGGACCUGCAGGACCAAGGGUAACACUUAAAAAAACACAACUACUUUAUUUAUUCUUUCAUGACAGAGGAUAGUGCACUUAAUAAUUUAUAUCAUUAUACAACCUUUCAGGGAUUUUCAGGACUCAAAGGUGAACCUGGUCUUACUGUAAGUAUAUCCUGAUGUGUUUUAUCAUAAAAAUGUGACUGUUGGUAAAAGCUGUAGCUUGGCACUCUUUAUGAUCAGAGAUGGGGAAUCAGUGGCUCACCAGAUGGUGUUGGAUUACAGCUAGGAAUGAAUCAGUCUUUUCCAGGUCCUGCUUGUGGACUUAUUAUAAGCUUCUGGUUGGCCGAUAUGAGAACAAUAUGCUGGACCAGAUGAGCCACCAGCCAGAUUCAGCAGGGCUUUUUGUAUAUUUUGUGUUGCGUCAAAUAAAAACGACAUUUCUGUCACAGAUUAAGUAUAAUUGAACUACGUAUUUUGUUAGAAAAUGUGUUCCAACCUGUUCUGAGCCAUGUACACAGCGCUGUUUCUAAUCUGCUAUAGUUCAGCUUUUGGGGGAAACCAUGUUGUUUGUCUUGCCAUGGCAGACAGAAUUUUAUACAAUCAAUUACAUAUUGUAGCAUUAUGCCAUACUAUUGAUUUCAAUGCAAAGGCCAUUCAUUUCAAAGCAAAGAACACAAAAUACAAAUGGCAGCGGGGAGGAGAACAACAAUACACAUUCUCAAUUAAAUAUUGUUUGCAAAAUGUUGUGAAAACAGCAGAAAACACAGAUUGCAUUUGCUGACUAAUUUCCAUUCUGGACAUGAGAGAAUUGAGCAAACUUUGGCAAUUUCCACUCCCAUGCAAGUAGACAUGAUUCUUUCCCUUCUUUUAGACAUGUUCAGAGAACCAUCUGAAUGUCACUGUAACAAUAAUAUUUUUUAACGUUUCAAAACAUCCAGUCACUUGCUUUAUGCAAAGCAAGCAUUCAAUUUUCCAUUAGAAAAAAAACAACAAUUAGGCAAUGAUGCAUAACUGAUUUCCAAAUCUGAAAUCACAAAUGAACUGGCUCCUCUCUUUCAGAAAGAAGACGUAAUCAAACUCAUAAUGGAGAUAUGUGGUAAGAUCUACCUGAAGGAAUGAAACCAUUUUAUCGUAUUAGUUGCUUUCCCUGAAAGAAUUCAGAAUUGACCUUAGAAGUGUGUACAUUUAUUGGGUGGGGUUGAAAGAACCAUGAGUGGAAGGAAAAUAGCUGAGAGUGCUGUUUCACAAGUGCUGGCCCAUGUCUCCGCAGUGUUAAACAGUUGCACCUUGGAAGUCGAAUGGAAUCUGUUCCCGCAGUCCGUUCUACUUCCAAAGCAUUCGAAAACCAAAUCACAGCUUCUGAUUGGCUGCAGGAAGGUCCUUAACCGUCCAGGGGUCCUUUACCUGUUUUUUACCUUUACUGUCUUGCUGCAUCUCUACUUCUGUGUGAGAUGAGGAACACUAUACUAAUGAAAAGAAGAAGAAAAAUCACAUGUAUGAAGCCACCCUUAGUGGAACAGUUAUUCCAAAUAGCAUGAAUGUGCAGUGUUCACCAGUGCUGGGAACCAAAGACUCACAUCCACAGAAAACAGGUGGGGUUGUCCACUGUCUUUCCUAAUUUCAACAGCAUGUACACACUUAUUCCAAGAUGUAUCUGAAGUUGCUGUCAGAAGGGAAUGCAGGGAAGUCUUUCUCAUGCACACGGACAGAGGAAGCACCUUGUGUGCACAUCAGAGCAUUUAUUUAUUUUUUGGACCCCAGUCUGCAACUCUUGGGAAAUUAUUUAAAAUCUACAUAGCAGAUAAGGUAAAGGGACCCCUGACCAUUAGGUCCAGUCAUGACCAACUCUGGGGUUGCGGCGCUCAUCUCGCUUUAUUGGCCGAGGGAGCCGGCGUACAGCUUCCGGGUCAUGUGGCCAGCAUGACUAAGCCACUUCUGGUAAACCAGAGCAGUGCAUGGAAACGCCGUUUACCUUCCCGCUGGAAUGGUACCUAUUUAUCUGCUUGCACUCUAAUGUGCUUUCAAACUGCUAGGUGGGCAGGAGCAGGGACCGAGCAACGGGAACUCACCCCGUCACGGGGAUUCGAACUGCCAACCUUCUGCGGCAAGUCCUAGGCCCUGUGGUUUAACUCACAGCGCCACCUGUGUCCCUACAUAGCAGAUAGCUGACUUAAUUCUAACCCCAUCUCACCCCCUUUUUAACAGGCUGCGGUGUUAAGUGCAAAGAAAACCCUCUGGAGCUCGUCUUUGUGAUUGACAGUUCGGAAAGCGUCGGGCCCGAGAACUUUGACCGGAUCAAACGGUUUGUGAAAACGGUGAUUGACGCCGUCACCGUCAACCAAGCUACGGCUCGCGUCGGCAUCAUCAACUUCAGCCACAAAGUCGAGCUGGUGUCCACUUUGCAGCAGUUCCCCAACAAGGACAGCUUGAAAAGUGCUGUUGAUGCCAUGCAGUAUCUGGGAGAAGGCACGUUCACUGCCACAGCUCUCAGCAACGCCAUUGAUGUGUUCCAGGCUGCCCGGCCAGGGGUGAGAAAGGUGGCUAUUGUGAUAACGGACGGGCAAGCAGAUCGCCGCGAUCAGAAUUCUCUGGAGGUGGUUGUGAAGAACGCCCACGCUCUCAACAUUGAAAUCUUUGUCAUUGGGGUGGUUCAGAAGAGCGAUCCCAAUUUUGAAAGUUUCCGGAAAGAUCUGGACCUCAUCGCUUCAGACCCGGACCCAGAGCACGUCUACCAGAUAGAUGAUUUCAUGACCCUGCAAGGUAAGAGGGAGCAACCUCUCUGGAAUGUUAUUUGCUGGAAUAUUAGUUAUGCAUAUUGGUAUUAUAAAUUUUAGCUGCUAUAGAUAGCAGCGGGAGCUUUUGCAUGAUGAUAAAGUAUAAUAAGGAACAGCAGCAAUGCUUGUUUUUAGUGUGUGUAUAUAUUCAGAAUACCUAUAUAGCUAUGAAAGCAUUUCCACCCGGUAUGAGGCUAACUGUUGCAUUUGCUGACUUCCUUGUUUUAAUGUUUGCAUGCAAAAUCGUUUUAAUCAAGAUGAUAAGGAUAAGGCAUCAGUCCUUAAAACUUCCCUAAACAGGGCUGCCUUCAGAUGUCUUCUAAAAGCCAGAUCAUUGUUUAUUUCCCUGACAUCUGAAGGGAGGGGGGGUUCCACAGGGAGAGCGCCACUAUCCAGAAGGCCCCACUGCCUGUAAUAUGUGAAGGGUGAAGGGAAUUGUAGUUCUGGGAGAGAGAAACUUCCGUUCCCUUGAUUCUUUGGGGGAUGGCAUGUGUUUUAAAAGUAUGGGGUGUACAAAGCUCUAGUCCAAGCAUAGGCAAACUCGGCCCUCCAGAUGUUUUGGGGCUAUAAUUCCCAUCACCCCUGACCACUGGUCCUGUUAGCUAGGGAUGAUGGGAGUUGUAGUCCCAAAAAUCUGGAGGGCCGAGUUUGCCUAUGCCUGCUGUCUGUCUGCUCUCCACCCACAUCCCAGGUUUUCUCGUCAGCUGAGCUCCACUUCUCAGUAAGCUCAGCUAUUAUAAAGAUUAGAUUCUCAUCCUGCCUGCUAGGGUGCUCUUCCUUCCAAGGUGGCUUACAAGUAGCAUUAAAUCACAUUACAGUGGAACCUUGGUUGUCGAACUUAAUCCAUUCUGGGAGUCCGUUCGACUCCCGGUACUGUUCGAAAACCAAUGCACAGCUUCCGAUUGGCUGCAGGAGCUUCCUGCGCUUAAUCGGAAACCAUGUUGGAAGUUCGGCUUCCAAAAAGCGUUCGGAAACCAGAACACUUACUUCCGGGUUUUUGGCUUUCGGAAGCCGAUUUGUUUGUCAACUAAGCCAUUCGAGAACCAAGGUUCCACUGUAGGAAGAACCCAACAAUGGACAAUGUCGACAUGGAAAAUGUCCUCAGUAGUCUUCCCAAAGGAUGGUAGUAGAAUGGCCCAGCAGGGAUGGAGGUGAAGAGUCCAUCUGGAGAUGGUCUUCUCCAGAGGGGGCCUUCUCCUGCCUCCUCCUUACUCCUGCAGUCCUUCCCACAAGACAGUUUAAUGCCCAUAACCUUCACUCUCUUUGCAUAAAAAAUAAACAAUCUUAACCCUCCCACAACAUGUACACAUCAUACAGUGGAGCAGACCUCAACUUAAAGCAGGGGUGAGGAGCCUGUGGCCGUCCAAGAUAGUGUUGGGACUAUAAUUCCCAUGGGCCAAAUUCUGUGCGAUUGCUAUGAAACUUAGGGAACAAGCUUUCGUAUCAUUAUGAUUAAGGUUUUAAAUUACAACUUCAGGUUAUAUUUUAGUGAGUAAGAUCUAAUUUAUAUAUUUUAACUGCUGCUAUAUCUGUACUGUCCCUGUUAUACCGAACUGCCAAUUUAAAUGUAUCCCUAUUGUGUUCUGAUUUUGUAUGUGAGCUGGAACUGGUCUGUGACCAAUAUAAUAAAUUGAUUCAUAUAAUUCCCAUGAUCCCUGACCACUGGCCAUGCCAGCUGGGGCUGCUGGGAGUCCAACAACCUCUGGAGGGCCACUGGUUGAAACAAAUGGGCCUGUCCCCAUCAGCUCGGUCUCAUUCCUGGUCGAUGUUAUGCUAACAGCAUUGACUUUUUCAAACCCUUUCAGCUCUCGAGAAUAAGAUCUUCAAACAAAUUUGUGAGAAUGAUUUCAGUUCCUACAUCAACAAAGUGCUCAGCUCAGCCCUUUCUCCAGGACUUGAGACAAGAACGAAGCACACUGGUCAGUUUUCUGUAGUUGAGACACAUGAGCCUUACGUCCCUCCGCGUAAGCCGGAAGAUACUGAUUUUGUAAGUAUUUCGAAAGAUUUGUGCUUAUAUAGGAAGGGCUAUAGCUGAGUAGUAAAGCAUGUCUCUUUUUUUGCACGUAGGAGUCCCCAGGUUUCAAUUCUUGGCCUUGGUAUUUAAGUUCACCUAGUUUUGCCAUGAAGGCUGGAAAGUUUUGUCAUUUUUUCAAUCUUCAGUUCGCCAAAUUUCUGCAGGAAUUUGUAUUUAAAAAAUCCUCCUGAAAAUUCUUCAGCAUUCAAGAGCAAAUUUUCCCUAACAAACACAUUUUUGCAUGCAAUAGAUGACUGUACACAUUUCUGCAAGCAAUUUCUCCUAAUACAAUGCAUCUUUAUAUGUUAUUUUCACUAAUACAUUCAUUUUUGCCAUACACAUUCAUUUUCAUAAAAACAGAUGAUGGCUGUGUUUUAAAUUUUCAUAUUGUUUCAGAAAGUGUGAGUUUGAUAGAUCUGAGAUGUGAACUGAAUAGAAUUUCCCUCUAUUCCUAUUUGCCACUGACAUUUAAUUCUUUAUUUCCUUUUUUAUAGCUAUCGCCAGGGGUUCCUAGUGAGAAAGGAGUGUCGCAUUCUGAAUGGGACCGCUAUGUUACUUCAGCUCCUCCUAAGCAACUUCCUGAUAGUCACAGGCGACCAGCUGCCCCUUCUGUUCAUGAGACACAAGAGUUUUUCGAAUUCAGAACUCCCAAGCCAGAUAUAACUCGCGUAUCUAAUGUAACUAGAGAUGUGCAACCUCUGUCAGCUGUUCUGCAGCCUCAUACGAAAGGUGUGAAGGGAUAAUAAAAAUAAUAAUAAACUUUUAUUUGUAUCCUGCCCUUCCCGGCCGAGAUCAGGCUCAGGGCAGCUAACAUCAAAUAUAUAACAGUGAUAUAAAAUCAAACAAUAAUUAAAUCACCUCCUAAAAACAAGUCAGGAUCAAAUUAAAAUCUGAAUUAGGUGGCUUUCUGCAGGAUUAGGGUUGGAUGGGUUAAGGGAUAGAAUCACAGAAGUUGAAAGGUACCAUGAGCCUCAUCUGGUACUACCCCCUGCAAUGCAGGAAUCUUUCACCCAGUAUAGGGCUUGAACCCACAGCCCUGAGAUUAAGAGUCUCAUGAUCUACCAACUGAGCUAUGUACAGACUUUAUGGGCCUUUAUGUGUCUUGAGUUUGCUUAUACAGUCAUACCUUGGUUUUCAAACAGCUUAGUUCUCAGACGUUUUGGCUCCCGAACGCUGCAAACCCAGAAGUGAGUGUUCCGGUUUGUGAACUAUUUUUGGAACCUGAACGUCCGACGGGGCUUCCGAUUCGCUUCCAGAGUUUCCUGCAGCCAAUCAGAAGCCGUGCUUUGGUUUCUGAAUGUUUUGGAAGUCAAACAGACUUCCAGAACGGAUUCCGUUCGAUUUCCAAGGUACGACUGUAUGGGCCACCUCCCCACAAAGUUGAAGUUAUAGAGGCAGUGAAAUUGAAGGCUAUCACAUGGCAACAGAACAAGGUCACCAGUUAAGGGGAAAGCUUUCUUCCUCUUUUGAUAGAUCACUUCAUGGCCUGAAGCAGGUAAAGACAGAAUAAAACACAGGUUACAGUCUUUAGCAUGUCAUCAGUGGGUUUGUGGGACAUAACAGCCACAAGAGGGGCACAUUAACUAGACAGAGUUUUGUAUGUCCAAUCCCAGCCUGGGAGUAAAUGCCAUUGACAUGUUGUCCCAGGUUAUGUGUGUGCAAGAGUGCCUAGUCAGUAAAUGAUAGAACGAAAUAAGCCUCUGUAUUUGAAUGGAACAUGGACAAACUUGAAGGGCUUCAACACAGAACGUAAAAAGAAAACUAUGGUACCACGACAUUACGUCUUCUAGGGUUGGGGAAGAGGGACAAUAGCUGUCAGUUACUGCUGUGUACAGCCCAACUCUGCAGCAAAACUGGCAGAACCGGCAAACACAGAGUAAACUAGGUUUGCCUUGGUUGUAGAAAAGAGGGGAGUGGCUGUUGUUUACAGAUACACCCUCCCAUUACCAAAUACCUCAGGUGCACCUAUUCAUAGCACCAUAGCAGGGGAAGACAAGGCCCAAGAUUUUGUGCUUCUGUAGAAUUGGAGGUCUCCGCAGAUGUAAAAACAACAACAAACAAACAAAAACAAACCCAACCUAUUUUGUUUCCAGAUGACAGAUGUUUUGAACCAAUGAAAACCGGAGACUGCCGAGAUUAUACAAUGAUGUGGUAUUAUGCCAAAGAUGUAAAUUCUUGUGCUCGCUUUUGGUAUGGAGGAUGCGACGGUAACCAAAAUAGGUUUGAGACAGAACAGGAAUGCCGGGAAACCUGCGUUCGUGACUGAGCAGGUACAUCAUGUUAAUAUGCCAAAGAGUGUUUUCCUUAUAACAGUCAGGUGCAAAUCUUAUAUGCACAAGAAAUCGUGCCGAUUCUUCUGUGACUUUGUAAUUAUAGUACCUUAAACAAGUUUUAGUGCCUCUAAAAUCUAUUUAUAAAUAUCUCUUGCCUGCCUUUUCUUUAAAAAGUUCAAGGCUGCUUGUUGGAAGUUUGAGCAGGAGGGAGUUAAUAUUUAGAGCUGCACUAGUUAAGAGCAGAAUACUCUUAUUACAGAAGUGAAAAGGUUCCGUUGACGUAUUUCAGGUAUGAAUGUUGUUUUUGUGUUCUUUUACAGAGAGAACUCGAGCUUUGAGAAGAAAACAAAGCGAACUAUUCCUGGAGUUUGUAUAAGAAUACUAGAGAGUUCCAAAUGCUGUGUUAAUGCAAGUACUAGUUUUGUACCACGCCUGCUGCUUUUUACAAUGCAUUCAAUGGAUUUUAUAGAACGUAUUAUCUUCGUAAUUGAUAGCUUCACUCGCCAAAAAGCAUCUUAAUACUUCCUUGUUUGUGUUUUAGCUCUAGUACUGCCCAUGGCAGCGUUUCAGGAACUUUUAACAAGAUACCAAGGAUUUUAAUGUUUAACUUUAGUAGAGUAUGACCUUUUGUUAUUUGGAAAUGAAGAGUGGAACAAUGGAGGAUACCUGAAACUGGUAAAAUCUGUCAAAGCAACAAGUGGAAAAAAAUGCCUUUGAAUGGGAACGUCUACAUUUAGCAGCCAAGGAUCAUCAAAAGACAUGGCAUUUGCUUUCUUUCCCUUUAGAUGUCUACAGUAGCCAAGAUCCCGUUGUAGUGGUGGGCAGCUCAACACACAGAACUGGUGGCCCUCCAUAUGUAUCCUCAUCACAACAAGAGCCACCAAGUUACUCCAGUUAAGCUCAGAUGAGUAACAAAAAUGGCUUAUGGCCAGAUCAGGGCUGGUAAUUUGGGGAUUUUUGUUAAAGCUAAGUCCACACAUUUUUAUUUCUCAGGGCUCUUGUACAAAUGGGUGCAGUAAAGGGUAGAAUCAAUUUAUAGGGGAAUUUUAACAGAAAAAGCACUGAAAGAUGUACAUAAGUGUAUUUUUUUGGACCUUACCACUACGCAAAAGUACUGUACAAGCUAAAUGGGUAAUGAUUAAACUGAUUAUAUGAACAA